GGAGAGCCCGUGCGUCGUGACGCAGCUGGCGAGCGCGUCCCGAGCGCAGGCCCUUCGCCGCGUCCCGCGCCGUCUCGGUCCCGAGCGGAGGAGGCGCCUCUCUUCUCCUCGCUCCCCAGCGCCGCCGGGCGAAGCGACCGGGAAGAGCCGGGCGGCGGAGAGAGAGAGGCGGACCCGCCCGGGCGCGCUCGGCGGCGCGCGCCAAGCAGCUGGCCAGCCCCGACGGGCGUCAUUUCAUCUCCGGCUGCUUCCUCCUUGCCUGCAUGUAGCGGGGGGAGCCGGAGGGAAACCUCGGCUUCCUCUGCAGCGCCGCCGUCGCGGGGGGGAGAGUCGGUGGCCAGCUCCCCACGCGCCCGUUUCCCGAGGUAUUAGCUCCCGGUCCUUCUCCAGGGGCGGCGUUGCGCCCGGGCGCCUUGCUGCGCUUUCGCUUCCCCGGUGGGGCGAGUUUGGGGGCGCAGCGGAGGGUUUGCUGCCUGGCGGGAGUGGGGAGGAAAGGAUAGCGGGGUUGGGGGUUAAAGAAGGCGUUGGUGGGGUUGUUACUCCGGCCUCUCUCUCUUUUCUUUCUUUCUUUCUUUCUUUCUUUCUUUCUUUCUUUCUUUCUUUCUCUCACUCCCUCCUUUUGAAACCACAAAAGCAAAACUAAUUUUACGCAGGAAACUUCGGGUGGGCUGGGCUUCCUUCCACCCGCCCAGAGAAAUUCCCUUCCCAGAUACGAAUGAAACCAAAGUGCAACCCUAUCAAAACGGGGUGGAUCGCUUGGGAUAUUAAGAGUUAUGAAGGCCAGGGUUGUAAUCCACCCCCUCCCCAUUAUUUCCCCCCUUCUAUUAAAAUAAUAUUAAUGAAAUAUAAUAAUUCUCUAUUUAGGCUGUAGUUGCAGUCUGAGGUAGAAAGAUGUGAACUCUUUCCUCGUGGACAAGAAGAGGCCUUUCUUCCACCUUGCCGAUGGUGUGUAUUCUUAUUUUUUAAAAAACUUUUUUGGGGGGGUGGGAAUCGGUGUUUAAGUAAUGCACCUUCAAAAUAUGGUUAAAGGGUUGAGGAGAUUUCCCUCACGUGCCUAUUGUGUUUCAACUAAGGGGUAAUUAUUGUAGUCCUAGUUCAUAUACAGUGGUGCCUCGCAAGACAAAAUUAAUUCGUUCCGCGAGUUUUUUCGUCUAGCGAAUUUUUCGUCUUGCGAAGCACGGUGUCAGAAAAGUUUUGGAAAAGCUUCAAAAAUCACCAAAAACCUCAAAAAAGGCUACCACACUGCGUUCUAUGAGUUGCUCCUCGAAGUCAAGUCGCAACUGUAUUAACGGUGUUAAGAGAAAGGAAACAAACUUGCAAGACGUUUUCGUCUUGCGAAGCAAGCCCAUAGGGAAAUUCGUCUUGCGUAGCAGCUCAAAAACUGCAAAACCCUUUCGUCUAGCGAGUUUUUCGUCUUGCGAGGCAUUCGUCUUGCGGGGCACCACUGUAAUUAUGUUAUGGUUUGUUUUUGUGCUUUCUCUUUCGCAGCAUGGAACUUGUUUUCCAGCUGCUAGUCUGCUUCUUAAGAAGGAAAGAUUGUGUGGAUUGUUGGGGAAGGGGAGAUCUGGGGCAGAGAACUUUUUAUCUGGGGUGGGAAGGAGUAAUGAAAUGUUCAGUUUCAGUAACAGAAGCCAGUGAGGCUGUUUAGCUCUCCAUCCUCUUACUUGAUCACUCCAACUUUCCUGGUCUAUAUAGGAAACAGAUUCCCUUUGACAUUGCUGAAUUGUAGCUUUAGGAAAAUAAUGGAGGGUGAAGGAGAUGAUAAAUACCAGUAGGAAACAUGUCAGGCAAUUUCGUAGAACAAAACAAAACAAAAAACAGAGUCUGUAUAUGAGCUGUUGGUUUUCAGACAGCAGAAUCGGUGUGAAUUAUAUGGGAGAUACAUGAUUGUAUCUUCCAACAUCCUUUUCUUUGAUUAAAAACAGCUGUGAUGUGGUCUUGGCUAAUAGCCUAUGGAGGGGGAAAGAUAGGUACCUGUAGAAAUUUUAAGUUGUUUGAAGGGUGUGGGAGGAAGCUUGCGAUCCAUCUAGUUCGGUUAUUCAUUGUGUUGUGCAAACUCAUUCCUUAUAUACUUGCAAUUUAUUUUUUUGUCAAAUGUGCAUGUGUUGUAUAUGCAAUUCAUACAUUAAGAAGAAGAAGAAGAGCAUUAAUAUUGCUGUCAAAAGUUAAGGUUUCGAGCUCUUCCUGGCAUUUGUAAAAUGUUUGUUGCUUUGUUGCCUGGCCAACUGCUGCCUUCUUGGUGUCAUUUCCUUGUGGGCUGAUGCCAUGGGCAACAGAUAAGAAUAUUGCCCUUUUCAUCAAAUCGAAUAGUUGAUUUUUCCACCCUGCAGUUGGUAGUGUUUUACUGACAUUGGAAGAGGAGUACAGGACCUCUGUUCCAAGUUGGCUGUUGCAAAGGAGUGUAAAACCUUGAUUACGAGUUGGAGCAAAAAGCCCCCCCUUAAACGCAAAGCAGCGAGGAGCUUCAUAGUUUUCAUGGUAAUGUUUUCUGCCACUGUUACACUGCUGUCAUCCCCCGUCCCAACAGAGAUGUGUGUGAACAAACAACACAUCCUCACAUGUGUGUACACAUUCCAUGAGAGUCUUGGCUGUCGGUCGUGGCCCUCAAUGUUGGAUGAAGAACAUGGAACUCCCUGCACAGUUUCUGCUAAAGGUUUUGAUGCAUAAAUCAAAUUGGUACAUAGGCAAAGCGCAGGUUACAAGAUGUAGCAGGUAUCUUGUAUAAAGGGCCAGGUAUAGAGACAUGGGGACGCGAGUGGCGCUGUGGGUUAAACCACAGAGCCUACGACUUGCUGAUCAGAAGGUUGGCAGUUCGAAUCCCCGUGGCGGGGUGAGCUCCCGUUGCUCGGUCCCUGCUCCUGCCGACCUAGCAAAGUGUAAGUAGAUAAAUAGGCGGGAAGGUAAACGGUGUUUCCAUGCGCUGCUCUGGUUCGCCAGAAGCGGCUUAGUCAUGCUGGCCACAUGACCCGGAAGCUGUAUGCCGGCUCCCUCGGCCAAUAAAGUGAGAUGAGCGCCGCAACCCCGGAGUCGGCCACGACUGGACCUAAUGGUCAGGGGUCCCUUUACCUUUACCCUUUAUAGAGACAUGGCUAAGUGCAAGCAGAUAAUGUUGAUCCAAUAAGCCACAUGCUCCCUGGACCUUCCUUUUGAAGAGUGGGUUAAGCACAGCUCUUAGUGUGGCAAGUGGUCAGCACCCAAUUAACUCCCAAUUAGUUGCCUUCCUGAAAGAGGGACAUCCUCACUGACAGGAGAAGGAGACGUCUGCCUAGGGUUGACCAAUGUCGCAGGGCUGGAACAGUCCUCUGCCAACCCACUUUGCCCCUGCCUUGGAUCCAUCCUCCUUGCCAAGUUUAGACAUCUCCAACUCCCUGAGUACCUCCUGUUCCUCCUUAGCAUCUGACCACCCCCUGCAUGAAACCUUUAAUAGCUUCAUGGCAUCGCCCUGUUUCUAAAGUGCCCCCACCCCAGUCAUGAGGUUUGGAUUUGCCUGAAUAGCAUUAAUGGAAUUUGGCAGUUAAUUGGGGGCAUGCAAGUCACCUGUGUCUUCCCAGAAUGGCUCUAUUAGCCAUAAUUGCUCCAGUGAAUCAAAUACCUGCAGCCUAGGGUUGCCCAGCUCCAACUCUCUGAGCUCCUCCCAUUCCUCCUCAGGAUCUGGCCAUCUUCUCCAUGACACUGGCUCUCAGUCACAAAUACUCACAUGUUUAGAGACCUGUCAGGAAUGCUUUAUUGUGAGGGAUGCGGGUGGUGCUGUGGUCUAAACCACUGAGCCUCUUGGGCUUGCCAGUCAGAAGGUCGGGAGUUUGAAUCCCUGCGAUGGGGUGAGCUCCCAUUGCUCUGUCCCAGCUCCUGCCAACCUAGCAGUUCGAAAGCACGCCAGUUCAAGUAGAUAAAUAGGUAUCGCUGUGGCGGGAAGGUAAACAGUGUUUCCGUGCGCUCUGGUUUCUGUCACGGUGUUGUGCUGUGCCAGAAGCAGUUUAGUCCUGCUGGCCACAUGACCCGGAAAGCUGCCUGUGGACAAACGCCAGCUCCCUCGGCCUGAAAGCUAGAUGAGCGCCACAACCCCAUAGUCGCCUUUGACUGGACUUAACCAUUCAGGGGUCCUUUACCCUUUUUAGCUUUACUGUGAGGGCAAACACUACUGUAACAGUUGCAUUCCUAUGGCAGACAAGAUUGCCAUGUAAAAUGCGAAGCCUUUCAGAAAGAGGAAGUUUAAAAGCGAGGGAAGCUUCCAAAGGGCAUUGGAAGCUGCAGAGCAGGCAUAGGCAAGCUCGGCCCUCCCGAUGUUUUGGGACUACAACUCCCAUCAUCCCUAGCUAACAGGAGCUGUGGUCAAGGGUGAUGGGAAUUGUAGUCCCAAAACAUAUGGAGGGCCGAGUUUGCCUAUGUCUGCUGCAGAGGCUUUGUUCAACUGGAAAAAGAAAGGUAAGCAAGGUGCUUAACACUUGGUAUUGCAUUGCCAAUGCCAGUCAUGCAGGAGUUAAAGUACAGCUUUGGAAACAAACUCUUUAAAGUUAACCCAUUGGAAGCAAAAUGCCCUCAGCUACAGAAUAUUACUAAAGGACACGGAGUGUCUCUUGUGUAACUGUAUAACUGUACGCUAUGCUUACUCGUGUUCAGUGCCAGUUAAUUACAUAAAUAUUACCUUAUUCUGGUUGUAGGGUUAUAUAUCAGCCUUGGUAUAUUUUUACAGGUGGCAUUUUACUUUUAAUAACAGCUUCAUUAAUUGGGAGUGUGUGUGUGUGUGUGUGUGUGCAGUGGGUGUUAAUUCAGCUGUGGGAAGGGCAAAUUAUUUCACAAUUGGGAGUUAAAUAUGCUUGAAAGAGGCAACUUAGAAAAUUGCUCUGCAUUUAUUGUGCUUUUAAAACCUGGUCACUGAGUUCAUUUUGCAUGGUCCUUUUUUAUAUCAAAGGCAGUGUCCAAAAUCAACUUCUGUGGUGUUUUGAGAGUUACAACUAUGCAACUACAACUUUUUAAUAUACCAGAGCAUUAAGAAUAUAAGUUUAAUUAUGUAUUUUUGAAAUGUGUGUGUCUGACUUACUUUGUUGCAUAUUUGAUGUAGUGCACUUAUUUUCAGAAUACGCUGUUCUGUGAAAUAUUUGUUUUAUGUAUUGAAUUUGUAUACUGCUCUUCCUCCCAAAGGAGCCUAGGACAGCAAACACAACCUCAAUGUUAAACAAACCCCUCUAAGAGUAAUCUGUCAUUCCUAGUGUCCAGUGUCUUAACUAAUGCCAAACUAGAAUUUUCCACUCUCAAUAUACUCAACAUAUCCCAAAGUACUGAAUAGUGUAUCAGUAUGUACUAUAACAUACACUCAUUGGUAUCAUUAUCAUAGUUUGAUGCUUCCACUGUAAAUUCUUGUAAAUUGAUGCUUCUGACUUACAUAAGAAUGCUCUAGUUAACCAUGGUGGCAAAAUGUGUUUUGAAAUUUUGAAAAAAAAUGUGGAUUUUGUUUAGGUUUGGGAGUUGGAAAGAAGUAAGAGGUGAUAUAAAAUGUUAGUAGUCUAACUCAUAGUUAACCCAUUGAUUUCAGUGAGUCUUGUUUGAGGAUGAAUUAGGUAUUGUUUUUAGUUGAACUGAGUGUUGAUUCCAUAUAUUUGCAGAAAGGGAGAACCAACAUCAAACAAAUUAUGCCUUCUAUUCCCUCCCUUUCAACCCCAUUCCAGAUUACUGCAUUUUCUGCCUUCAGUGCAUCAGCAAAAAGCAGAUUUCCACUGUGACUCGCAAGGUCUUUAAACUAUGUAGUUAGAGCCAAUUUGGCGUCUAUAUCAAUAUAUACAGAACAAACAACACAGUGUCCAUUGCUUUAUAUUUGCUGAAUGUUAUCUGCCGUUUCACGAAUCCAAUUUGCUAUGCAUUGUACUCCCAGAAAUAAUAGCAUCUUCUAAUACCAUAUCCUUUUGUUAAUGCUCCUUGCACACAAUCAGAGUUCUUCUGCAGAGUUCAACUCUAGUGAAUGCUCACUCUGAUUUCACUGAUCAGAAAACGUUUUAUCCAGUGCUGAUCCAAACCCUCCUUCCUGCCCCAUUUCAUCACACCCAUUUAAGAGGCUACAGUUCUUUCUUAUUUACUGUCUCUCUGUGUGGAACAGAAAACACUUUUACCAAUGCUAUCACCACUGUCUCAGGUUUGGAAAUCCAUCCUGGUGCUCCCACCUUGCCUUCUUUGCACGCUUGUGUUGCAAACAUUCAGAAAACCUGCCACAAGACUUGGAAGCGAAUUUGAACGCAGCAAGGAACAGCCGUGUAGUCUGUUGUGAGUCGUGAAGAUCUGGAUCAUUUGUAUCAUUUCCACAGUUCUGAGCUUCUGCUGCAAUAUCUUUUGGUAACUGUUUCCAUGGCAAGGAGCACAUUAUUCCAAAACACGGUUCAGACUCUUGACAGGCAUAUUUAUAUUUGCUGUAUCCUGCUUAAAUGUUUUCGGCACAAGUUAGCAGCAUGUAAACAUUCUUAUAAAUAACAUGAAAACACUGGCAUUGGAAGUUCUCACAGACAGCAAUAUCCGCCAUUUCUUUUGCUGGCAUCAAACAUUUAGGGUUGUUUCUUCUUCUUUUGAUAGAAAACAAUGGAUGCCACCAUUCUUCUUUCUGAGUGUCAUGUACCAACAACAGUUGCUACACCGGGGAGCAGUUAGGAAAUGGGCAUGCUCCAAGCAUCUGUCAAACAAUUGCCUUCUGAUGAGGUUCUUUGGGCUUUGGUAUGUUGGCCUAGACAGGUGUUGUGGUGAUUCUGCAUGUGAAUGGAUUCAUGUCCUGUGACCUGUGUCAAGCUUUUCUAAGUCUUUGAACACAUAUGCAUAUACUGCAACUCUGUUUAACGUUAGGGGUGAAUACCCGGUUCAUAGGUAAAGGUAAAGGGACCCCUGACCAUUAGGUCCAGUCGUGGCCGACUCUGGGGUUGUGGCGCUCAUCUCGCCUUAUUGGCCAAGGAAGCCGGCAUACAGCUUCCGGGUCAUGCGGCCAGCACGACUAAGCCGCUUCUGGCGAACCAGAGCAGCGCACGGAAACGCCGUUUACCUUCCCGCCAGACUUAUCUACUUGCACUUUGACGUGCUUUCAAACUGCUAGGUUGGCAGGAGCAGGGACCGAGCAACGGGAGCUCACCCCGUUGCAGGGAUUCGAACCGCUGACCUUCUGAUUGGCAAGCCCUAGGCUCAGUGGUUUAACCCACAGCGCCACCCGCUUCCCAUUAUCCGGUUCAUAGGUUUGCAUAUAUCCCCUGUCGCUGAGUACCGUAUUGGCCUGAGUAUAAGCCGCACCUUUAAAAUUCGGGGGGGGGGGUGGAGGGGAGACAAUACCCAAAUAUAAGCCGCUCCCUUAAAAUUAUGCAGGCACUCACACCCGUUCCGUUUUACCGUAUGUCUCUUUUAGCAGCAACAUAGUAAAAGCCAAUUUUUGUAAGGUCAUGAAUUUAAGCCGCACUUUUCACGGUUGGAAUUGGGGGGGUGUGAAGCAUAUAUUCGGGCCAAAAUGGCAAUAAGCGAAAGGAUGGGGGAGAACACUUCUUUUAAUUAAAAAGUGCAAAUAUAAUUUUAUGCCUGUCUCAUAACAGAUGUGGAUAUUCAACCAGUGCAACCGAACCACUCCUGAAUCUGGUCCAAAUUUUAGAAAACAAAGGAAUCACAUAGAUCAGUGGUUUUCUGGUUCAGGGAUAGGAUCAGAAUCUUAUUCUGAUGUGUGAAUGUAUCCUUUACUCACUUGAUGUUCCUAUCCUCUAAUUAUCUGCUAUAAUUAGAUUUACAGUAAGUAGAAUGGCACCUGCUAUAGCCUUAGAAUGGCAGUUUCAAAAACUUCCUAUCUUAGUUGGGCAUCUUUAGUGCUCAGUCAUCAGUUGACAUCAGAAAUAAUUUGAUUCUAUACAUUUUUAAUAGAUUUUGGGAUGAUGGGCUUACUGAGUCAGAGAGAGCAACUGAUGUAAGUUAAAUAGCUUCUGGGCUUCAUACCUGUGCCACACAAAUUGCAUUGUUAGAGUACCCCGACUUUUUGAUAAGUGAAUACCUAAUUUCAUGGCUGCCAAUGCCAGCUACCUUUAAUGGGUGUAGUGUAUUCACACAUAUUAUUAACUUGCUUGUGAUGGUUCUCUUUUGUGCAGUUAAGCAGCUGCACGUUGGAACAGUUAUUUCCUAAGACCGUUGUUAAGGCAGUUCCUUUCUUGGUUAUAAAAAUAAGUAUUGAUUAAUUUUUGUUUACACUUUGUCAGAUUUGUUCACACUAAACAGCUGCAUGAGUUUAUAACCAGGCAUCUCAGGUUAGCUGGAAUAUGUUAGAUAUAUUUUGCAGAAACAGAACAUGCAAAACUGAAAGUAUACAAGCUAAUCAUUAGUCUGCUAUCUUUUUGUGGCAAGCCAUAUUUACAUAAUAAGACAAAUAUAACUAAUAUUGUUUAGUCUAUGGAUGCAAUCACGGAACUGUGUGUUUUCUCAUUGUAUAUUUGCAUGGGAAAUGUCACGUAUCUAAAGAACUAAAAUAACAUACGUUGACAUUCUUUCCUUCUCAAAACAGUUAUUCAUGGUUACAUUUUAUCUUCAGUCUUUAUCCUAAAAGAUAGCUAUAAUUGUAUAUUGGUUGGUGCUGAAAAUAAUUCAACUUCCAGAGAAACAAUGUCUGCAUCUCUGCCAACAAUGCACAGGAGUGGGGGGGGGUGUCGCUUUGUGGCACCUGAAUUCAAAAUCCUAUCCCUAAUCUUGGUAAAGUUCUACCUAUCUCCACCCCUUUCUUCCUACCCAAGAGAAAUAGUGCAAAUCAUGAACUUCUAACUAAUUGCUUAAAUGUCCCUUGCUGUAUUCUUGGGAAAGCUUUAUCAGUUAUAUAAAUGCUAGAAUUCUGACCCUGCAUGAUAGAACGUAGAGUUUUAUGACUUUGCAUUGCAGGUGCUGUCUUCUCAAUCAAACCGUGGCAUAUUUAGUAAACCUUUGUUCUCUCAACUAGUGGGACCAAUUCUAAAUGUUGUUGCUUUUCUACCAGUGCUUUUAUCCCAAAGCAUCUGCGCUUCUCUGUUCAAAAUCUACAUGUACUCAGUGGAUGAACUCAGGACUACUAUGAGAUAUAAAUUACAAAUCCACCCAUCUAUGAUUCUAUGAAUCAUUGUUCUUACUAGACAGUCUUGAUCAAGUCACAGUUUUCCAGCCUUAGUUCUGCAUUUGUAAAAUGGGGGAAAUAUCCACUUGCUUCGUAUAGUUGUUGUAGUAGGAGAGGGCUGUGCAGUACUGCUUCACUGUAAAAGCGUUUAUGCAGUUGACUAGCAAUUACAACAACACAGACAAAAUGCUCAUUAUUGUGACAGGAAGCAACAGAGAAAAGACAUGGUUCUUGUAGGAGCACCUGGCAAUAAACUGUGUUUGUGGCUUUGCAUAUUGCUGUGAACCUUUCUCUUGCUGAUAUAUAACGCCACUGCUUAUAUAUCAGCACUGGUUAUAUGCCCAGGGCUGCCUGGGAAUUCGUAGAAACCCAAAGAUAUUGUUACAUACGCUUCAGGUUACAGACUCCGCUAACCCAGAAAUAGUACCUCGGGUUAAGAACUUUGCUUCAGGAUGAGAACAGAAAUCGUGCGGUGGCGGCGCGGCAGCAGCGGGAGGCCCCAUUAGCUAAAGUGGUGCUUCAGGUUAAGAACAAUUUCAGGUUAAGAACGGACCUCCAGAAAGAAUGAAGUAAGUAAUCAGAGGUACCACUGUAGUGUAAUUUGGCAGUUUGGACCUGCCACACCAAAAAUCGAGUGGAUACACACCAAAGUUACUUCUCCGUCCACUAUCUCGAUUCAAAAUAGUGUCAAGCAUCAAAUAACACACACACACACCCCUUCUUUGCAAGAGACUUGUCUCAAAGAGCUACUCUGGAAAAUUGCAAUUGACAUGGUGAUAAACUUUUAGCAUGUCCAAACACUAGCUUUUGACAGAUUUAGGGGAGAGUGACUGGUUUGGUCACACCGGGCAUGAAGCCUUGGGGGUGCCAUGGGGGGCUGUAAAUAUGAUUAGGAUGGAGCACAAGGGGGGGGCAAAUUUGGGUGUUGCACACCAAUGUAAUGGAGGCAGUGAAAGAUUUUACUUUCUUGGGCUCCAUGAUCACUGUAGAUGGUGACAGCAGUUACAAAAUUAAAAGACGCCUGCUUCUUGGGAGAAAAGCAAUUACAAACCUAGACAGCAUCUUAAAAAGCAGAGACAUCACCUUGCCAACAAAGGUCCGUAUAGUUAAAGCUAUGGUUUUCCCAGUAGUGAUGUACGGAAAUGAGAGCUAGACCAUAAAGAAGGCUGAUCGCUGAAGAAUUGAUGCUUUUGUAUUAUGGUGCUGGAGGAGACUCUUGAGAGUCCCAUGGACUGCAAGAAGAUCAAACCUAUCCAUUCUGAAGGAAAUCAGCCCUGAGUGCUCACUGGAAGGACAGAUCCUGAAGGUGAGGCUCCAAGACUUUGGGCACCUCAUGAGAAGAGAAGACUCCCUGGGAAAGACCCUGAUGUUGGGAAAGAUGGAGGGCACAAGGAGAAGAGGACGACAGAGGACAAGAUGGUUGGACAGUGUUCUCGAAGCUACCAGCAUGAGUUUGACUGAACUGCGGGAGGCAGUGGAAGACAGGCGUGCCUGGCGUGCUCUGGUCCAUGGAGUCACAAAGAGUCGGACACGACUAAACAACAUACCAAUGAAAUUUGUGACCCCAAGGUCCUCCACUACUUUUGGUGGCUUGGUGCCGUGUGACUAAUGCACCAGCAUAGACUCAGCCAAUGAGAUCACUCUCCAUCCCCUUAGCUGCAAGAUUCCUUCAUUAUCCACUAUGUAUGAAUUGUGAUGUGUAUCCUAUUGCCUUUGACUUGGGAACAAUCAGGCAGAAACAUACAUGCAAGUGAGGCAUUCUUUGACUGCAUUUCAUCUGAAAUAAGCCCUUGGACUCAUGAAAGCUUAUAUGAUGGAUUAAAUGGAAGACUAUUGUGGAUGGGAUGGGUAUACAAAAGGAUCGUGAGAAAGGAGAAAUAAUAAUGGAAACUAGCUUCAGAGAAAAAGUCACGGGUGACUAAUGAUAUGAACCUAAUGACCUGGAAAUGGGUUUUGAAUUAUAAAUUCCUUCCUCAUUCUAACCGUAGACCCAAAGUCUACAGUAAAGUUAAAGUCCCUAAAACAUUGUCAAAAUGAUUGAAACAAAUUUAGUUUCUUUUAAUUUUGAGAAACCCAGCUUUUAAAAAAUCGGCACAUGUAUGUUCUAUCCUGCCUCUCAGUUGUUUUCCAUUCUUUGGCUUGCUUCUUUUUGCAUAUAAGGAUUGGUCUUCUGCCUUCUGAAACUGUCGCAACUAAUUUUGAGUCAGCCUGUGUAUAUUUUAAUAUAGCAUUAUUCAGAGGAAACGGGGGAAUAUGCAUUCUCAAUUGCAUGAUUCAUCACUAGAGAGACCUAGCCAGAUGCCACCCAACAGAAUUCUUUUGAACAAUGCCACUUAAUGACAGAUUUCUCAUGUGGUCCAAGUGUCUUUCAAGAACAUGAGCCAAUAUUUUCUUCUCGCCCCUUAUGAAAGCAACCUUGUAUAGUCAUACAAUGCAGCAGAAUACUACUUGAAAGGAAUAGUCUUGCUGGUAUGGAAAUUGUAUGAGUUGUAGCUUGGAAAAGUACCUCUCAAAUGUCAAACUUGGGGAUGUCCCUAAUAUUUCAAACGACCCUGUAUUAACAUUGCAAAAUACUUCAUUCUGAAUACAUUUCUGUUCCACUGAGUUUUCCUAGUACUGACUUAGAGCCAAGCUAGACUUUGUUCCCACCAAGGGGGAUGCUGUUGGAAAUAAAAUAGCCAUACUUACACCUCUCCCUAUCAUAUUAUCUCUAGGACAAUGGUUCCAAAACUCUCUCUCACACACCUGGGCCACUUGAAAAUAGUUGAGAGUACUUGGCUGACCACUCACAAUGUUUCUGCCUGUUGUAACUAUGGCAAUGCAUUGGGUUAAAUGCUGUAGGCUUUUAAAAUUGCUUUUUUAUUUCUUAUAUAUUGCAUGCUAUUAUAUUAAGCCUGAAAUUUGAGGAAUUCAAAUUGUAACGCCAAAAAAUGCAAGAUAAGAAACAGAAGAAACAAUAAAAUGCAAUUAAAACCAAUACGGAUAUUUAAUGCCACCGAUAUGCCACCUCCUAUAAAGGUAAGGGGAAACCUGACCAUUAUGUCCAGUCGUGACCAACUCUGGGGUUGCGGCGCUCAUCUCGCUUUAUUGGCCGAGGGAGCCGGCAUACAGCUUCCAGGUCAUGUGGCCAGCAUGACUAAGCCGCUUCCGGCGAACCAGAGCAGCUCACAGAAACGCCGUUUACCUUCCUGCCGGAGCGGUACCUAUUUAUCUACUUGCACAUCGAUGUGCUUUCAAACUGCUAGGUGGGCAGGAGCAGGGAAUGAGCAACGGGAGCUCACCCCAUCGCGGGGAUUCAAACCGCUGAUCUUCUGAUCUUCAAGUCCUAGACUCUGUGGUUUAACCCACAGCGCCACCCGCGUCCCACAUGCCACCUCCCAUAUUCAACCACAAAUCCACAGGUGCCCUGUAGACCACCUGGUGCAGCUCCUAGACCUAGACCAUAGUUCGAGAACCCCUGUUCUAAGAGAAUUUGCUAUGUGAUGCACUUUGACCACCCUGAGUUUCCUUGCCACAGUCAGUGGUAGCCAAUGCCAUGAAGCAAGGACAGAAAACUCUCUUUAAGUGGGAGCAGGGGGAAGUCCAACUUGCUACAACCAGUUGGAUAGAAAAGCUCAGGCUCAGCAAUAGUGGCCAUCCAUAAGCAUUUAUAAAGACUGGUUGGUGUGCGUGUGGACCAUGGGUAGGCAAACUAAGGCCCGGGGGCUGGAUCCGGCCCAGUCGCCUUCUCAAUCCGGCCUGUGGACGGUCUGGGAAUCAGCGUGUUUUUACAUGAGUAGAAUGUGUCCUUUUAUUUAAAAUGCACCUCUGGGUUAUUUGUGGGGCAUAGGAAUUCGUUCAUUAUUUUUUUCCUUUUCAAAAUAUUGUCCGGCCCCCCACAGGGACCGGCCCCCUGCUGAAAAAGUUUGCUGGUCCCUGAACUAUUAUUGGAUUUUUACUUGGAUCGUUUCCUGUAUCAAAAUCAACAGAGAAGCAGUGGCUGAGGACUGCAAUAGCCUGGGUACAAUACUUAGUAACUUAAAUUAGCAGGGGAUUUUAUUACCUUUUGGCACAAUUAGUCACUUCCUCAGCCAGGGCUUUUGCCUUCUCAAGGAGUGUCCCCUGUGCUUUUACUACAUUGCAUAUUCCUUCAGACAACUCAAGUUAUCCUGUUCUUUUUAAAGUCUUCGGCGAUUAACAGUUUUGUGCUAUUUGUAUAUCUCCUUGUUCACAAUGAAAUGGACCUCUCUUAGCCCCGGUACGGCCUCUUGGAUGCAAUGCAGGCAGACACUGAGGAAAUAAUGUACCCUCCUUGAGCUUGCUUUAGUUUUGCUGCAACAGUUCGCUGCUGCAAGAGACUAACUCCGGGUCAAUUUGAGAAGCAGCUUAUUUCUUAGACCAGGGGUCAGCAAACGUUUUCAGCAGGGGGCCGGUCCACUGUCCCUCAGACCUUAUGGGGGGCUGGACUAUAUUUUUUUGGGGGUGGGGGAAUGAACAAAUUCCUAUACCCCACAAAUAACCCAGAGAUGCAUUUUAAAUAAAAGGAUACAUUCUAUUCCUGUAAAAACACGCUGAUUCCCGGACCGUCCGCGGGCCGGAUUGAGAAGGCGAUUGGGCCACAUCUGUCUUAGACAGUAGGAAAUGCUGUACAAAAAGUGUAUGCAAGCAGAACUAUUUCGGAUUACAAUGCCUAAUUUAUUUAUUUUUUUGUAAUUUUAUGUCCACCUCUUUUUGUGGUGCAGGUACUUAAAAGUGGCUUACAGUUCAAGCUAGGAUAGAGUAAGAUGUGGGUAGGCAAACUAAGGCCCAGGGGCCGGAUCCGGCCCAAUCGCCUUCUAAAUCCAGCCUGUGGACGGUCUGGGAAUCAGUGUGUUUUUACAUUAGAAUGUGUCCUUUUAUUUAAAUUGCAUCUCUGGGUUAUUUGUGGGGCAUAGGAAUUCGUUCUCUCCCCCCCCCAUAUAGUCCGAGCCCCCAAAAGUUCUGAGGGACAGUGGACCGGCCCCCUGCUGAAAAAGUUUACUGGAGAACAAGAAGAACAUACAUUUAAAGAAGAUUCGAAAGUGUUUGUUGAAUAUACGGGAGGAAAUUGUGUACACUUGAAAACGUUGGCAACGUUCAGAUAAACCCAGCAGUGUAUACAAAUUUUGGUUUAGUUUAUGUAAAAUAUGCAGGGAUUUAUGAUAUGUAAAUGAACCAUGGAAAGACACACACACACACACACACACACACACACACACACAGUUAAAGCUACUAUAAGUAAUCUUUGUGUGUGCGCCUCAUAGUUCCAUGAAGGUACCUACCUAAAAAGUUGUUUUUAAUUAUGGAAACUUGGCAGCUGGGAGCACAGAUUAGUAGUGUUAGCGCCAUUCAUGCCUCUCUUUGGGGACACUCAAUUAAAAUUAAUCUGAAAAAUAUAUAUAAAUGCUGCAUUUCUUCCUCCUUGCAAUAAAUGAUUUUUCUGGCAGUCUUGGAACUUGCCAUUUCUUAGGAUAUGAGAUUUUACAGAAUCAUACACUUAUAAAUUUACCAUACCAGUCUCUUGCUCUGAGACCUCGUGUCGUGUUGUGAUUUAUUGUUCUUGAGGAUGGUUAGCCUUCAAAUGUAGCAUUUUUGGUUUGACAAAUACCUUUCAGUGGUGCUGCUUUCUAUACAGAACUCAUUUUCUUUGGUACUGUACUCUGUAUUUAUAAGAUAAGAGCAAUGCUUAUCUUGGUGGGGAGGUGAAGAGUGUAUGCAUGUAUAUAAUUAUAUUGAUGUGGUCAUAGAAAGUUUGCAAUAUUGUCUAUUCUUAGCUGGCCUGGGAAUGGCAUUCUGACCACACAGUUCUCUGUAUUUCUUCAUAAGGUCUUCCAAUGUUUAAAUUUCUCAGGUAUUUCUCUUGUUAAGAAUAAGAAAUUUGUAUGCUUACAAUGGGAAUGGAAUAUAUAUAUAUAUAUAUAUAUAUAUAUAUAUAUAUAUAUUAUAUAUUUCGUGCAAUUCUUUUUGUAUAAUUUCUCAAGUUUUUAUAAUCCCCCCCCCCCCACUUUUAUGAAACAAAAAUAUUUUAAAAGGAAACAAAUGAAACGAAAGAGAAAAAUGCUGGAAAUAUAUCACAUUCAUAAUUGGGUGUUGCAUUACGUCAUCUCAAAUAUUUUGGAGAAUGUUACACUAGUAUUUGAUAAACGUUAGAAAGAGUUAGAAAUGAAUCUAGCUCUUUGAUACUGUACUUAACUCACAAUGUCUUAUCAGGCCUAGUUAUUACGUAUUCUCAUUAGACCAAGCCUGUACAGUGGUACCUCAGGUUAAGAAUUUAAUUCGUUCUGGAGGUCCGUUCUUAACCUGAAACUGUUCUUAACCUGAAGCACCACUUUAGCUAAUGGGGCCUCCCGCUGCCGCUGCACCGCCGGAGCACAAUUUCUGUUCUCAUCCUGAAGCAAAGUUCUUAACCCAAGGUAUUAUUUCUGGGUUAGCGGAGUCUGUAACCUGAAGCGUCUGUAACCUGAAGCGUAUGUAACCCGAGGUACCACUGUAUAGUGGAUUGGAUUCUUCCACUUCCUGAAUGGGGCUUUUCUGCAGCCGUCUUUCCAUUACUGCUGUCUGAGCCCACUAAAAAGCUGUGGAAAGCAGUAUAGGCGGCUGCAGCAGGGAAAUAAGGUUGUUGAAAAGCAGGGAAGGGGUGCCUUGCACAAAGCAAAAGCACCUUCAGCUCAGGGCAAGAGCAGCUUCGAAUCUACCCUAAUAAAUACACCGCAGCCUUUCCAUUGCACAAGCAGGAAACUCUCUUAUAAGACACUCCAGAAUUGACUUCCACAAUUACCAUUAAAGCGCCUUUAAUGGCGUGUAGUUUUUAUCAUAAAAUAGCAGAAGGAGGCUGAGAUAAGGAACUGAAAGUGACUGUUUUUGUUUUACGGACUGAAAUGCAAAGGGAAAAAGGAACUGUGGAAGUGCUGCCAUUUUAUCAUUCCAGCGAUUUAGUUUAUUUCCCUGCUUCUGCAUACUGGAGAUUUAUUUUAUUUUAUUUUUUAAGAUCUUGGCUUUCUGCUCGCCUGGAGGUUGUUUUAAGGCAUAGCCACUUUGCCAAGGGGGGAGUGAGAGGAGAGAAUCCUAAUCCCAUUUCUUAACUGUUUGCAGAGACUUAGCCAGUGUACUUAGGAUAGUUGCAUAGUGAGCUGUAACUGAUUAUAUUGGGUCAAGGCAGCUUAUUUUGGUGCGUGUUUGCCUGGCUAGGUAGGCUGACGUGGUUGUGAUAAAAUUGAAAAAUGUACAUUUUACUGCCAGUGGGAAGCAACCAGAACUUCUGUUCUAUUGCACCAAGGCUGCUGGUAAUCGUGUUGGGAAACUUGAUAACAAGGCUGUCCGUCAGCAUUGUUUAUGUACUCGGAUAAAAGAUAUGUUAUUAGUGCCUCAGAGAAUCGCACUCUUGCUGUGGGCAAAGGAAAUAGGCUGCCUCUAUAAAAGGCUGUCUAAUUCAGUUCAGAGUUGAAGCUGGCUGUUUAGAGUUGAAAUUGGAUUGUCGAGAGGAGAAGUGUUGAAAGUGUUCCAGGCGACACUGAUACAUCUCACAGGCUUAUUGGUGGAUCAUCAAGGAGACAAAGUUAGUGUUAAAAAAUAUUCCUUGGAGGAAGAAACUACAGAAGACCAUUCUUUCAGACAAUGUUGGCUAUAUAAAAAAGCAAUUCAAAAACUGGCUUUGUAUUCGUUUGCAGUUCUGACAAGUGGAAAUCUGAAAAGGUCUGUGGUUGUCGUAGGCUACAACAUAACCCAGGAACCAGAGCUGUAAACUGGAGCAUAUUUCUUUUGUGAUCUGUUUGGUUUUGCGGUGAAAUAGAUUCAGAGGUGGUUUUUAAGAAAUGCUGAAGCUAUAUUGAUGUCUACAAUGACAUGCAACUUAAAACAAUUAACCACAUUGUAAAUAGUAUACAGUGAGGGAAAUCCCACUAUGAACUAUUAAUAGUUAAGCCACACUCUUUGCCAUUGGAGUUUCUAUUUCAUAUGUAACAGGCUAACCCUCGUGGCAGGGAUAAGGUUUUGUGUGUGUGUGUUAGGUAGCUCAGUACUGCCAGAAAUUGCAUUUGAUGAGCCAUUCGACAAACCGGGGCACUAACCCCUUUAAGGUAUGCAAUUUUGUGGAGUUGUUUGGCAUUAAUAUAUGCCUCUUUCAUAAAUUUAUUUGUUACAAAUAUAAGCUGAUCCACGUGCCAGUUGAAUCCUGUGGGGUAGGGGAAAACUGAUUUGUUGAAAAUAACUUAUUUGUAUGUUUUAAAGUUAAACAACUCAAACAUUCAGAGCAGAGCAAGAUUUAAUGCUCUGCAACUUUUAGCUGUUUUGCAACUUUAUUGUUUGCAAAAAGAUAAAAGCACAUUUUCCUUAAGAUUUAAAACUCGAGGUUUUCAUGCCAUGUAAAAUUUAAAGAAUGACUAAAAUAGAGUCACUUUUUAUUACUAUGGAGUGUUCUAGCUCCACAUUGCUUCUAUAUGUGGGAACAUCUGCCCUUUCCAUUUUUGUGAAGCCUCUUUGAUCUUUCCUUUCGUUCCUGUUAAGAGCUUGACGGCUUCUUUCUUCCUAACAUGUGCGGUGGUCUUCCUGCUGUUAUUCAGAGACUCAUGCAUUGAACAAAUGCAUGGAUCUUAUCAAAAGCUUGCUGCUGAAUAAUGCACAUUUGCUUGCUAGAAACUUGAUUCUGCAUGACAACUUUGAGCUAUUAAUCAUUUUAAAAGAAAAUAGAUAUAGUUCUAUGUUUUAAAGUAUACACGGUUAUUUCAUGACAUGGGUAAGGUAUUCCUUUCCCUAGUCCUAACGUGAAGGAUGUUUAAACUACUGUGACAUAUUGAGAGGCAUAAUCCUCUAUGUGUGAAGCAUGAAGCAAUUUAUAUCAGAAUAUUAAUCCUAUACAGUAUAAUCAUAGUUAACAUGAUGACUAAAGGGGGAGAAAGAGAGAGUUGUAAUGUGGUUAUAAAUUGACACAUGUACUAAAUGGUUUCAAUGGCCAGGAUCCUGACUAAUUGUCCACAAAUGGAAGAGCUACUUCGAUCCAAUGUACGAUCCUAACAGUAGAAGAGGAGAGGCAGAUUUCUCCAAUUUCUUCUUUCUCCCCUGCAGUCCCUCUUGCUGCUCAGAGGGACCCCCAUCCCUCUGAAGAUGGUGGGGCAAAAAGGGCUUCAGAGGGAAGGGAGAAUCAGUGAAGAUUGUCACCCCAGCCUCCUCUUAUGAGUGGAACUCUGCUCAGGGGAUGCUCUUGCCAGCAGAAGCCUACUUAGGGCACAUGAGGGAUGCGGGUGAUGCUGUGGUCUAAACCACUGAGCCUCUUGGGCUUCCCAUUCAGAAGGUCAGCUCUGGAAGAAUCAGGCUUUGUACCAAAGCACCCUAGCUCAGCUGAAGGAGCACUUUGACAUGAAGGAUCUUGGUGAGGUAUCCAACUAUCUUUCUCUGCAGGUAGAGAAAGACCAGGCAGGAAAUUUUCUGGUACACCAAACACAGAAAAUUGCUAAUGUACUAACCAGGCUGAAUUUGGUUGAUUCAAAUCCUAUGGACACACCAAUGGUAACAGAUUACCAGGUAGAUGGUACUGCUGAAGCAUUUUCUGACACUACACUGUACAGAUGCAUUCUAGGCAAACUGAAUUUCAUUGCUAGAUGUGCAAGACCUGAUAUAGCUGUAAGCACUAAUAUGCUUAGCAGAUAUGCUAACAAUCCUGCUGUUCAGGAUUGGAAAGCUCUCAAACCCAUAGCACGCUAUCUGAAGGGCACUUUGCACUACAGACUGAGGUUCACGAGUCAGAAGACUGGAGGUCUUGAAAUCUUUGCAGAUGCUAGUUUUGGAAGUGACACCACUGAUGGUACCAGCACUUCUGGAGUGUGCUACAUGUACAACCACUGUCUGUUUGACUGGCUGUGCAAGAAGCAGAUGACAGUAAGCCUAAGUUCCUGUGAAGCAGAACUCAAUGCCCUGUCAUUUUCACUCCUGGAUUGUGAAUGAUUGAUGAAACUGUUUCAGAAUGUCAGAGUCAAUGUGACAUGUCCUUGAUACAGGUGUAUCAAGAUAACAGAUCCUGUUUGGCUUUGCUAACCUCAGAGAGUUGCAAGCAAAGAACCAAAUACUUGCAGAUAAAGUUACAUCAUUCAAGGGAAUGUAUCCAGAAAGGACUCAUUCAGGUGUCCUACAUGCCAGGAAACGAAAUUCCUGCAGGUCUGUUGUCUAAGGUUGUUAACACAGAACAACUUAAGGUUUAUGUACAGCGGUUGCAGUUGGGUCGAAAUAUGUUGACACAGGUUACACGGAAAGGGGGAGGAUGUUGGGAUGUUCCGUUCCACCUUAAGGAAUGAUUGUUGUGUGUCACAUGCCUGUUUACACUCCAGCACAGCUUGCUGGGAACUUCCAUUUGUGUAUAGCUUUUGCUUAGGCUGUUUUGCUUUGGACACAAAGGAAAUUGGACAUGUUUCCUCUGUCCUGAUGUAUGCUAAAUAAACUGCUUGUAAAUAUGCUCACACAGCCUCUCCUGCCACUUCUGUUUGCAUGUUAUCUCUGCUGAGUAGAGCGUGCCCUAGCUUUUGAAGUUCAGGUCACUGAUUCAAGGACUGGAGUUUGUCCGGCACACCAGCCGGUGGGAUGGAGCCAGCUGGGGGCCUGCCGAUUGCCCCUGCUUCCUUGGUUGUAUGCCAACAAGCGGUUCAAAUCCUGGCAACCAGGUGAGCUCCCGUUGCUCUGUCCCAGCUCCUGCCGGCUUAGCAGUUCGAAGGCACGCCAGUGGAAGUAGAUACAAUAGGUACCACUGUGGCGGGAAGGUGAGCAGUGUUUCCGUGCACUCUGGUUUCCAUCAUGGUGUUCCAUUGUGCCAGAAGCGGUUUAGUCCUGCUGGCCACAUGACCCGGAAAGCUGUCUGUGGACAAACACCAACUCCCUUGGCCUGAAAGCGAGACGAGCGCCGCAACCCCAUAGUCACCUUUGACUGGACUUAACCGUCCAGGGGUCCUUCACCUUUUACUUAGGGUACAAUACAUUCUGUUUGCCUUAGGUUCACAUGUUUUUAAUCUUAAACCUACUGAUUUCUUUUUUAAAAAAUCUGGUUAACAACUUGGGCACAUGGGUAUUAUUAAUUUUUUUGCACUGCUCUUUGCAUCUCUUGGUUGGUUGCACACCUUGUGCUUUGCAUAGCUAACCUUCGUCAUGUCGUUUCCUUCCACCAGAUGCAUUCUGUUGCAGGCUAUAUCAUUUUGGUACAGUGCCAUAGCUAAAGAUACAGUUGUAGGCUUAGUUUGAAAUAGCACUUUCUGCUAUUUUCACUGGAAUACACAUCUUUUGACUGGGUUCGCUGGAAUCUAUCUGCAGUGGCCUUUUCAUGCAUGCAAGGCAGUUAAGAGUUGAAGGAUACAUAUGUAACCUCUCCCUUCCUUUCAACUCAGUGGUUAUAAGGGUGGCAGAUUAGGUUAAGAGUUCAUGUUCUUAAUUACCACUUGCCUUGCACAAAUACUCUUUCCUCUCCCUGUUUUAACUGAGGAAAUACUCUUACUUAAGUUGCUUCACCUUGUUCGGUAGGUGUGGUUUCUUUUUUCGAAUUGCACUGUGCAAUCUAAAGUCACAAAUUCAAGUACAGAUCAGCUUGCCUAGACAGCAGUUUUCGAAAUUAGCCAGUCGUCAGGCACAUCUUGCACCUGGCUAUCAGCUGCUUGCAACCAAGAGAAGAUGUCUAGGUUCCAGGAGGGCACCUAACCAUAGUUGUCAACUUUUCCCUUUUUAAAAGGGAAAUUCCCUUAUUCCAAAUAGGAUUCCUCGCAAGAAAAGGGAAAAGUUGACAGCAAUGCACUUAACAUGUCCACAAUCUGGAGUUUCAUGCCUGGGGAAUCAUUGGACCUGGACUGUUUGCACACACUAAGACCACAUCCUGUAGAAUUCUGUCAGUUAGAUUUUAUCUGCACAGUCCGAAUGAAUUUCAGGAACCAAAAGGCUUUUUCUGAGCAGGAGCAGUUUAUGACAUUAUAAUUAGUUGCUGUAGCUUGUCUUCACUUACCCCACCCUACUGCCCUGCUCACAGUUGGGGGGCGGAAUUCACGUUAUGAAUGGUCCGUGUCACCAUUAAGAAAAUGAGGUCGGAAUAGGCCAGUGUAUAUGUGGACUGUCCCUGCUUCAAGUGACUUUUCUUCUUGCAGUUCUCAAAGCUCUUAACCUGGCUCAAGGUUGUCCUCUGAACUAGCAGGAUGUUUAACUCAUAAUCAGUCACAGUCAGUCCAUCAUUUGGAAGAUAAGACUUUAGAGCCGUCUUGCCCCAAAAUAGCAACUAGGCAUUCCGUUUCACCGAUUAUAACUUUGGUUUAAUGACCCAUUUGGCACCUAGCUUACAUAUCUUGAGUUUCUAACGCUGGCUCUAAGACUUUGAGGAAGGGAAUCACAAAACCAACCAAAGAGCAAGAGUUACGGUGUUACAUGCAAAUGUAUACAAGUCUUGCCAACCAUUUCCCCCCUAGUUAAAAAGCGGUGUCAGGAGAUUAAAGGUGCAACACAAACUUGGAGUUGGGACUUGUGUCUCAGCAUUUGCUGAUUCAAGCUGGAAUAGAAUUGGGAGAAGAAAAAUGGACCAUGGAGAAGAGAUCAAGUGGCCAGUCUGCCAACAGCAAUCCUGUGCUCAAGUCAGUGCUGGACAAGGAAUGAGUGGCUUUUCCCUACACCAGAGGUUUUCAGCCUUUUUGGGUCCACAGCUCCCUUGACCAACUACAUUCUUUCUACUGCACCCCUGUGGGGCUCAGGAGCCCAGUUGUGCCACCCUUUGCCUGCAGAACUUGCAGCCUCUCAACCUUUUUCAAACACCCUCCCUUGUGGAGUGUUCCCUCAGCCUCCUCUUCCCUCUCCUUGGGAGUCCUCUGGGCAGCCCCAGGGGCCACUCCUGGUCUCUGAACUGCCUCCCCCUGCCCCAAAGAAAGGUGCCACCUCGCAGUGCCCACAGGGUCCUGGGAAGCAUAGAAAUUCUCUCUCCCUCCCCUGUCCAAUAUUUAGUUGACAAAGGUUGUUGAAUCCAGGGGUGAUCUUGUCAAGGCACCUGAUUUUUGUUGAUCCUUCGUACCCAGUGCAACUCCCUGUGAUUCCCAAAACCUUCUCCUCUAGGAUGGUAUCAGAUAUGGCACAAAAGGCUGCAGAUGAUAGGAGAGACUGGUGAAAAUUGGAUUCCUUGUUUACCACUACUGGAAGUACUUCUGCUAGCGGAAAGCUACCAUUUGAUACAAACCAGCGGCAAUAUUGCCCAAAUGGAAGCCACAAUAAAUAUAGUUUGUAUGGUUUUAUUGAGGUCUUGUACAACUGCAUCUCGAAUUAGUUGAUGAAGAGUGGGCCACCAGAUUAUGAACUAACUCUGCUCUGCCUUUUGGGUAUAGUCGAUGAGCCAAUUCUGAACUGGAAAAUGUUCUGCUUGCCACAGCCGUUUCUUUCACAACACGAAGAAGGUAAUCUCUUUUGUAAAGACAGAUAGCCAAAAUGAGUUCACUGCCCUUUCGUUUUAAGCUGGAGCAACCGUAUGUUGAUUGGCGUUGUCUGUGCUGAUGUUUACUCUUGUCGGACUUUUGUCUAAGCCAAGUCUCCUUACCUCUGGAAGGACAUGGUGACACAGUAGAUAACUGUGGCCUUUUGAGUUGGUUGCUGCUUCCUCCCACCCCUCUCUUUUUCUCCCAAAUUCAGAAUGGGCGGGCACCGUGCCCUCUGUGUGUGUCAAUACAGCUGCCUUUUUGCCCUUGGACGUUGGAAGACAGAUCAUUAACGUAUGUCUUGCUUCUUAACUUUUAAAGUGAGAGCUGGUGUGGGCAGCUGCCAUGGAGCUACAUUGGUACAUUCAAAAUGGCUGCCUGUAUGGCCUCAUCCUUUUCUGCCCACUAAAGGGCUGCUGAGAGAGGGAGAAAGCUGCAAGUAUAGUGCUAUGGCAGCUGGCAUCUCUAGAGAUGGGUGCCAACCAUAGCUCUUUGGCAGCAGGUGCACACAGGAAGGCAAAAGAGAAGGGAUGUUUUCCCACUUGAUUGGUCCAACAUAAAAACCAGCUGAGGCAGCCUAAAAUAGCAACAACCUUUUUUUGCUACUGCUGCAUCACACUGUUGACGCACGUUAAGCUUGUGGUUCACCAAGACCCCAAGAUCCUUUUCACAGGUACUGCUAGCAAGCCAAAUGUCCCCCAUCCUAUAUUUGUGCAUCUGGUUCUUCCUGACUAAGUGCAGAACCCUAUUCCCUAUUGAAAUUCAUUUUGUUAGUUUGGGCCCAGUUCUCCAAUCUGUUAAGGCCAUUUUGAAUCCUGAUUUUUGCCUUCUGUGGCAUUAACUACCCCUCCUAGUUUGGUGUCACCUUCAAAUUUGAGGAGCGUCCCCUCAAUUCCUUCAUCCAAAUAGUUUAUAAAGACAUUGAACCCAGCACCAUGACCCAGCUCUGCUCCGUCCUGAAACAAACGAGAACUUUGGGCUUCUACCAGCCCUUAUGCUAUCUCCGUAAUAGAGGCGUUUAGCUGCCUGCACUGUUCAGAAAUGGUUUGAGGCAUUGGUGAACUUGAAGCUACACUGCAGGGUAUCAAGAAAGUGGUUUGUGCCACUGAGACUUUAGUGAAAGGGAAAUGGACUUGGAAUCUUGUUUCCUCUCACGGAUAAAGUAUGAUGGCCAAAUGGUGUAUGGCUCUGGAAAUACUUCAUACAGUAAAUGUAAACUUAAGGUGUUAAAUAUUGUCGAUGUGGUUUGAGUCCUGGAAACUCUGUCCAAAUAUACUGGCCGUGUAACAAAGCAAAUGAAUUUUGGUCUCGAACGAGGAACAGAAUAGAGAGAAAAACAAUUUGCUCCAGGUCCUGUUUUAUUCUGAUUAGCCAGUAUCAAAAAGCACCUUAGCAGCAAACAGAACUAAUAUCCUAUAUCAGGGAUGUCCAACCAGUCGAUCGCGAUCUAGAUCACUGCCAGUUUUUUUUAUAGUGGGAGUAGAUCGCAGUCUCUUGGAAGUUGGACGUGUCUGUCCUAUAUAAUUGUUGCUGUGAGGUGUUAGGCAAAACCUUGAUAAGUCUUCAACCAACUCAUAACAGAAUGGGAAACAGAAAUGUCUGAACACGCAACCAUGGCAAAGCUUACAGUCUUAUUUCAGGGGGAAAGAAGGAAGACAGGGGUUUACUAUAUUUAGGCAGAAUUGGGCAAUGUUCAUGGAAUACCGGUGUAAUUUAAGUUGUGUUCUAAACCACCAAAAUAUUUAUUUGAGGUGAUUUAGGAUUGUUUGCAAUGCUGCCUGUGUGUGAGCAGAAUGGAUUUUUACUUAUUUGGGUGUGAUUCAUGCUCUGCACCCUGAAGUGGUUUGGCCCAAGACGCAGGUUAAUGUUGGUGGGAACUGGGCCCUAAGAGUGAAGCAUGAUGCUAAGUAUGGGAACAAUGCAAAAGGAGUUUUUUUGCACAGAUGCAGGCGGAAAGAGGAAGUUAGGAGAAAGGGUAGUGAGAGGUUUUGGGGGUGUAUGAGAGAGAAAGCAGGGCAGGCGAGGAAAUCCACCAUCCCAAGGCUCAGAGAGCAGUGCUCAGCCAUUUUUGGUUUCAAUUUUAGUUUCUCAUUUUUCCAGUCUUCCCUCAGUUCUCCCUCCACCUCAUCUUUAGCUUUGGUUCAGCACCUUAGAAAGACACUGAAUUGAGGCUUCUUAUAGCCACAAGUCCCGGCAGACCCCUGAUAAUAGGAAUGUACAGGAGCUCUUCCGAAAUGGAUGGUGUGAUUGACAUUGUGCUGGAAGCAUCUCAAGCAUCUGGUGGUGAUAACGAGGCAAGUUUUGCUGGGGAUUACCGUAUUUUUCGCUCUAUAAGGCGCACCAGACCAUAAGACGCACCUAGUUUUUGGAGGAGGAAAACAAGAAAAAAAAUAUUCUGAAUCUCAGAAGCCAGAACAGCAAGAGGGAUCGCUGCGCAGUGAAAACAGCAAUCCCUCUUGCUGUUCUGGCUUCUGGGAUAGCUGCGCAGCCUGCUUUCACUCCAUAAGACGCACACACAUUUCCCCUUACUUUUUAGGAGGGAAAAAGUGAGUAUUAUAGAGCAAAAAAUACAGUAUUUUAUGGCUUUUGAGUCCGUUUGCUGCUUUUCGGCCGUAGUGUUUUAAAGUAGGAGUUGAUCUGAAGCUGCAAAAAUAAACAGCCUAUUGUGAUUGAACAUCUAAGAGUGACCGAAGUUACUGUUCAGGGGAUUGCAGAAACUGGACCUUGUGGUUUUGAUUUGCUGUUGUAAUUUUGUUGCAAGGAUGGAAGAAAGAAGGGUUCAGCUUGCACAACAAAGCUAUUCCGGUGGAGGCAGAGCAGUCGCGUCCAUUUUAGCACAUGGCUUUCCAUGAAAUAACUCGGAGAUCUAUGAUCACAGAGAUUAAAGCAUUUCCCCUCCUGAAUGGCCCUCUUUUGCUCUGUUCCUGAAGGAAUAGACUCCCUGCACUACUAUUGCAAGAGGCAGUAGCCCUACCCAACCCAAGUAUUACAAAUCUCUUUCUGAAUGUGGUGUUCCAAAGCAAGGGCUAAGGGUAGAGUGGGGAACUUGUGGCCAUUCAAAUGUUCUUGGACUACAAGUCCCAUCAGGCUCAGCCAGCAUGACUUUCAGUCUGGAAUGAGAUGAGAUGAGUUGCAAUCCAGCAACAUUAGGAGGGCCACAGGUUCCCCACCUGUGCACUAAGGAGGCCUGUUCCUGGUUGCAUGCUAAAGUGUGAGAGGAAGUCCUGCCUUGUUUUUUCUCAAUAAAAGUAGCUUCAAGAAGGGUGCAGAUUUGAGCACAGGAUUGCUGUUCGCAGACUGGCCACUUGAUCUGUUCUCCAUAGUCCAGUUUUCUCCUCCCAAUUCUGUUCCAGCUUGAAUCAGCAAAUGCAGAGACACAGGUCCCAACUCCAAGUUUGUGUUGCACCUUUAAUCUCCUGACACCGCUUUUUAACUAGGGGGGAAAUGGUUAGCAAGACUUGUAUACAUUUGCAUGUAACACCGUAACUCUUGCUCUUUGGUUGGUUUUGUGAUUCCCUUCCUCAAAGUCUUAGAGGCAGCGUUAGAAACUCAGAUAUGUAAGCUAGGUUGCAAAUGGCUCCUUAAACCCAGUCACCAAAAUGGAACUUCUCAUUGCCAUUUUGGGGCAAGAUGGCUCCAGUGUCUUAUUUUUCAAAUGAAUGACUGACUGGGAUUGAUUCUCAGCUAAACAUCUGGUUAGUUCAGAGGACAACCUUGAGCCAGGUUAAGAGCUUUGAGAACUGCAAGAAGAAAAGUCACUUGAAGCAGGGGCAGUCCACAUAUAUAUUGGCCUAUUCCGACCUCUUUUUCUUAAUGGUGACAUGGACCACUCAUAACGUGGGAAUAUUUUCCACAACUGUGAGCAGGGCAGUGGAGUGGUGUAAGUGAAGUCAAGCUACAGCAAUGAAUUAUAAUGUCAUUCACUGCUCCUGCUUAGAAAAAGCAUUUUGGUUCCCAAAAUUCAUUCGGAUUGUGCAGAUAAAAUAUAAGCCCAGGCAUCUUCACUUGGUCUCAAGUGGCUAAUAGGUGCAAAACGCGCCUGGUGCCUGGCUAAUUUUGAACACUGCUUAGAGCAGGAGAACAUUUUGCCUAUGUGGGCUGGAUCCUUAUCAGACCCUAGUCAGUGGGGGCAGAUUUUACAAGUAGGUCUGGUCCAGAAGUCAGGACUUAAGAGGUUGCCAAGAGUUCCCAUGGGGAACGUUUUCGCACCGCCAAUCCAUCUGCUAGGGCCAAUGCCUGUUGUCCUUUGCCAAUGCACAAUUAGGAAUGCACUUUAAGGCUUCCAGUUGUGCACUGACAACUGCAUCUGUACCUUCCCAAUACUAGACAUCACAUAUGCUCAAAGGUGUGGGGCAGGUAAGCAUGGUUUGGGGAAUGCAGCCUUGCAGGCAAUGUUUGAAUGCCUGCCAGUUUGACUUGCAAGCCAAAGUUUCCUCACCUGUGCUGUUGAGAAGCUCAAGGUGAUAUGUUAACGAGCCUCCUAGGAUAAGGCUAUAACUGGUGAUAUUGACUUGCAACAUCCAUGCCUUUAAAUAGUGCAAUUUGAUCACAAAUGCAAUGUAUGUUUGAGAAGAGAGAAAAGGGUAUUGUAGAAACACUAAGCAGAAUGAACUGUCUUACGAUGUAUUUUGUUAAAAUUGCUUUUUUAUGAUUAUGGGCAGAGCUUUAUUUGUUUUUUUGCUCUGUUAUAACAGAUUGUGUGCAAUCUUAUCUUUUUCUCCAUAGGCUUCACCUGGCCUGCAAGACAUUCUUAGGUUUGCAGCUUAAAUGAAGCACUUUAGCACUACGCAAGUUUAUAAAUGUACUUUAAACCUUCCCGAAAAAGACACCCCAAAUCAUUAACUUUUCUGCUCAGUGACCUGUUCUCAGCUUUGUUUGUUUACUAGAAAAACCAAGAACAAACAGUGACUGCAUUCUGACAUUGUGUAUUUACUUUACCAAAAUAAACUCCAGGCGAAUUCAUAAUCUGAAGAUAAAUGUGCAAAUAACAGCUUGUUUGGUUUGGAUGCAAAGAUGGCUGGACUACUUUUGCAUAGCUGGCCAAAGUCUUUGUGAGCUAAUAUAUCAAAACUCCCCGUGAAAGGUCUUUUAUGACUUCUGGGAUGACUGCAGCAGUAAUACUUGCUGCCUUUUGAAAACCAGAAGGCCACAACCCUACCCUUUAGAUCGUAUGGUCAGAUAACAUGUACAAGUUUUUUGUAUAUACAAAUCGUACAGUCUGGGCAACGAAAGGUCAUGGCUGUGUACAGUCAGCAUAACCUCCCCAGUGUGCUGGCAGAACAUGGUUGUGUUGUGAAUUGACGUGGCAUAGAAUUUGUGCUCUGCCCGUGUCACCAUCCCUAUUUUGGCUGCUCUGCCUCUGUAUUUUCUCUGGCAGAGCAGCUGUGUUGAUGGUGUAUCCCUACAGCACAUUGGAGACUUCUGAACUGCUGGUAGAAUAUAUUGCGUUCCGCUGCUGGGCUUCUGCUGAGAUCCUAGAACUCUUCGGCUGAUGCAAACUCAAGGAUAAGAUUGCACUCUGAUAUUUUAUUUGCAUCAGUUUUAAAUUCACCCUUUCUGUGUGGAGAUUUGAAAAGAUGAUUCUGCCGGCAAAAUUUCAAAAUACGGUAUGCAUUUUGGAAUGAAUGCUCUUCUUUCAAAACAAAAUGUUAAGUAUAAAUACAAUAUUAUAAGCUUGAAAUUGGUCUUGGAGAAUGGAAUAGUUUUGCAUUAACAGUUUCUUUUCAGUUCAGUUGUAAAAGGAGGAAGACUAAAAUCUUGCUUGCUAACAUUCUGUCGAUUCAGUUAAAUGCAGACUAUGUUCUUACCCUUAUAAGAAACCAAGUGUUUACACUAGCAAUGAAUGCUCCCUCUUCGCUGCUGCCUCCUCCUCCUUUUUUUCUUCUUCCUUUUUCACAUGCUGUUUACUUUCAGAGCCCUGGCUUAUGUUUGCGGUUUUCCAUUUUCUGUCAAGCUGCAUUGGUAGAGAUAAAAGCGAUCUUCGUUCUGCAAGUUGUCUUAUAUCUGUUUUACGGACUAUCUGCCUUUUUCAGAUAUGUAGCUGCGGAAAACACUCGGGGCCACUCGGGGCAAAAUAAACUAACGUGAAAAAGUCUUGUGUUUUCCAACUUAGUGUUCAAGAACAUAGGUUGUUCAUGGUGGAUUCCCCACCCCACCCUUCCAAAAUGAUUUUUUUUCAUUAUGAUUUGACAAUAUGCCAGUAACAAAAUAUGCAAUAAUUUACUGGCCAGUGAAGUUAAAAAAUAAAUAAAAAAUCUUCAGUUCUUUGGGCAAUUUAUUUUCACCACCAUUUAAAGGAAGGUAGGGGAAGGGAUAUUUUGACUGUGUCUGAAGUAGUAGUUCUUUUUAAGAAUAACUCUGGUUUUGUUUCGUUUUAAAAUACUUUUAUUAACCAAUUUUCACAUAACAAUUUGUCAAUCCUCUUAAUCAAUUACGUUAUUUUUCCCCCUUCCCCCCCUCAACCCUCUCUCUCCCCCUCACCAAGGACUUCCCUCAGCUCCCCUCCCUGAUUUCUUUACAUAUAUUGUUUUCUGCAUGUUGUAAAAUUGUACGUAUCCUUACUUUAUCUAUCAUAUGUUCAGCUAAUGAAUUUGUGAAUGUUUAUUCAAAACCUGCCACAGAGUCCAGUUCAUUUUGUUGCCUUUUAGAUAGUUUGUAAAAAGUUCCCAUUCUUCCUUGAAGUAACCGUUGUCCUUUUCACGCAGCUUAUAUGUCAGUUUGGCCAAUUCCGCAUAGCUCAUCAAUUUUUCUUGCCACAGUUCUUUCGUUGGGAUUUCUUUGUUCUUCCAUCAUUGUGCUAACAAGACUCUUGCCGCUGUUGUAGCAUACAUAAAUAAGUUCUUUACUUUUAUUGGCAGGUCUUGUCCUACAAUAGGAUAACUCUGGUUUUUAUUUAGUUGUGGCAGUCUUCUUCUUCUUCUUCUUCUUCCUCCUCCUCCUCCUCCUCCACGCACACACAACUCAGUCCCUGCUCUGCCUACGUAAGCCCUGCCAUCAGUUCUGAUAGCUGAAUGGAACCAUAUUCUGAGGCAGUAUGAGAUGCUUGGGAACAUUGGUGAAUGUUGUUCUGCCCCCACCUCCGUGCUUGCAGUGUUUCUGCCGCUUAAAUACUGAACUAACCCGUCCCCCCAUUAAAUAUAGUUUAGGCAAUAUUGUAGUGAGCUCACUAAAUCAUCAUGCUGUUAUAAGCACCAAGAUGCUACUCCAUUUCACAGCUUCAUAGAACUCCUGAAGUUUACGUUGCAAAUGCCUCAAACUUUGGCAAAUUGCUCAGUAUCUGACUAUUCAGAUAUAGUUUAGUUGCAUAACCAUUCUUUUGAGAACUCAAAUACUGGUUGAAGGGAAGUCUUGAGUACAAUACAUAUGUAUCAUAUCAGUUAAUGAAGGAUGUACACUGGUUUUUAACGUGGCUUAUUUCCUUUUUUAAAGAACACAAAAGCAGGAGCCUAAUCCUUUCCUACUUGCUUCUGUAGUUUAUAAGGAAGGAGGUCUUUGUUAAAAUGACAAAGUGAGCCUGCCAGAAAUCCCUACUCGAAUUAUUUAGAUUAAACUUCCCUUUGAUAGUUUCACUUAUUUUGAAUCCUACAGAUUUAUCCCAUUAGACAUACAAAAUAUUUCCAGAUUUCAAGAAAGAGCAGUCAGGGAAAUGUGUUGACCUUUGGGAUGGUAUAUAGACUCUCCAAAAGAAUUACAAAAACGUAAGAUAAUGCUAGAGCACGAUUGCAAUCUUAGUUUAACCCACUUAUCAAGUUAUAGUACUUUAACUGAAUGUCCUUUUCUUGAAGAUCUGCUUUUAACCGUUUCUUUGCGGGUUUUUCUUUUUGUUUUUUUUACGUUUGCGCAACUAACGUCUUGAGGAUUAAGAUUCUUGUUGAAAGAUGAAUUUGGAAGUUUUCUGGGGGUGGAAAACUAGAAAUCAUUUCUCUGUGCUUUCUGAGGGAAAUAAGAAAAGCUGAUAUCAAAGGGGAAAUGUUUCCUUGGUCCCAGGAUUAAAUAACAGUGGUGAUGAUGAUGAUAAUGAUAUUAUUAUUAUUAUUAUUAUUAUUAAUAAUAAUAAUAAUAAUGUGGACAACUAAAUAAUCAGGAUUUUGCCAGCUUUGAAAACAACAGAAAGCAUAGCUUAGUGUAGUAAUAAAGAAUACAGAAACACAUUUCAAUGACUUUGUAAAAGUUAUUUGGGGGUUUUUCGGGGUGUGUGUGUGUUUGUUUUUUGCAAUAGAGUUGUCUAAUUUGAGGAAGUUAAGCCAAAGAGGAUCUAAACCUGGGUGCUAUUUUUGUCUGGGCUACCUUUUUAAUGCAGAAAUGAAACUUCUGAAUCUGGAAAUUUUGUUAAGUAGAACGAGCUUGUUCAGGAAGUGGAGAAUAAGAAUUCCCUUAACUUUCUGCAACUUGGCACGACCAGAGCCUGCACCUCUUCAACAAACAGCAGUGGUCUGUCUUGGUUUGUUUUACCAUUUCUCCACCAUGACUUUCAGAAGUUGCUUCCACAGCAUUGUGGGAUGAGAGUUCUAGAACAGUUUCUAAAAGAAGGCACUGUUUCCACUAAGUGGUUUCAGAAAGCCACUUCAGGAUUUGAAUGGAUGGUAUUAAGCAACGCCUUCAACAGUGCUCUCUGUUUGCUUGUAGAAUUCUUGAAUUUUUAAAAACAAGUGGGUGAUGUCGGGUUUUCAACAUUGCAGUGUAUCGCCAGCCAAACAUUGUGGUUUGGCGAUAUACCUUGAUGUUGAGAAAAGCUGCAUUGGCCCCAGCUGGCGAGAUUCUGGGUGAAAUUGUCGCAGCUCUCAUUGUGGGAGCUGAGGUGCUUUCGUCCCAGCGCCUUGCGGGCUGUGGCCAAUACUGCUGGCCCCAGCACGCUGCUCAACCGGGGGGCAGAAAGCCUUGUGCUAGUCCCCAUUUCUCCUCCUAACCUACCUCACAGGGUUGUUGGGAGGAUGAAACUUCGGGGGGAGGGGAGAAGGAGUUUUGGAGCUUGUUGUAGAGAAAGGCUGGGGGGGGGAGAACCCCCAAAUCUUCACUGUCAUUCCAAAUCAAUGCAACGUACUCUAUAUCUUCUUUAAAAAUGUAACUAACAUUUUUUCUUUGUGGAUUUCUUUCAGGCCAAAGCUGUGAACCUUAGAAUGUCAUGAUGGCUUGCCUUACGGUGACAGAAAUGGAAGUCCCGGCCUCAUCUACUCUUCACCAGAAUGGUGGCGUCCUUGGGAAUGCGGCUGUUUCCACGCACACAGAGCCACUGCUUCGAGUUUACUUGUAUCAUUCCCAAGGAAAGAUGGACGGCGAUUAUCUACAGUUUCCAGCAGGAGAGUACAUUGCAGAAGAGAUCUGUGUUGCUGCUUGUAAAGCCUGUGGUAAGAUCACACACCCUGUUUUCUGACCGACGGAACCGUUUCAGCCUCACUUUUCUGGGAUUUGGCAAGAAAACACAGAUCAGAAUGGCACUUUGUGGCUCAGACAGCAGCCCCAGCAAUGUUCCUUCAAUGCUUUGCAAUCAAAUGUUUGAAGGAGUGUCCCAGGGGCUGUUGGAACAGCUGUGUACUGCACCUCAAAGCCUUGACAGCUGAGGCUUCAGAGAGCAGUUCUGGGAAGGAGAAGUGGUUUGAUGGGAGUGUGCUUGCUCCAGCACAGGAACGGUCGUUUUAAGUUCCAGAUUGUUCCUUUGCAGCCCCACCCUUACCCACAUUUGACAUCCCCAGGUUUGACCCACAGCCUGGAGGUUCACCCAUGGUUUAGUGUCAUGCGAAUGACUCUUGGGGUCCCCUCUCUGCUUCCCCCCAUUAACUGCUGUUUAGAAUUGCCAGAACACUAAACUGUACUCACUCUUAACUACUAUUGAAACAAGCUAGCUUCAUGAAACAUAGCUUGAAAAAAGCAUAGUUAAGACUAACUGGGUUGUUCACGUUUGGACGCAACUCAAACCUGAAGUUAGUUGCUAUGGUCUCCUUCUGACUAGAGGGGGAGCAUAGUUCACAUAAUGCUGGCACGUUCACAUAAUGCUCAACCAUAGUUUAACAUUUCACCUAAACAAGGCUUUUGUUGGUGUGAGGAAAAGAACGGAACCUGCGGCUGGUGCUCACACCUUCCUGUUCAUCUCGGAAGCUGCGGUUGUCUUUUGAAACCAUAGGUUCCUCUUCACUCAAGCUGCCCCUGGUAUUCUCUGACUAGACAAAGGAAGCUUUUGCUGAACCAAAUGGAAAAAAGGUGCUUUCAAAAGAGACCCAAAGCCUGGACGAUAUCUUGAUGGUGUAGGUGACAGUCACCGGUCCUUCUCGCUCCUCUGGCAAUUUUAGGAUUUCAAACAUCCGCUUAAGAAUUUGCAUCCAUGCAUUUAAGAGAAAAUGUGACCAGAGCCCAGAGGCUCCACAUUUUUCUUGGGAAGACUUGGGAAGGAAAACUGUUCAGUGUAACAGAAAUCUUAGUGCCAUUAAUGUCAUUAAAAGAAAUCAGUCUGUUUUGUUGAAUUAGAGAAUAGUUUGGCUCCAUAUUUUUAAGCUGCUAGUGUCAUCUAAGAUUGUCCAUUGCUAACUGUUGGAAUUUGAUUAAUAGCAUAACAUUAUCUGCUGGUGUAUACUUUCUGGUGACAACUCCUGCAUGGGCUGUUCCUUUUUUUAUCUCUACCAAGUAUUUCUGUUAUUGAAGUAAAUACUGUAGUUAGUGCUUAAGCCGGAGUGCUCAAUUUUAAAAAAUUACUAGGAAGGUAAUUGCAAGGCCAUAUGCAUUGUAUCCUGGGGUAGUAGGGGAGCUUUCUGGUGUAAUCUCAGAAGUUCUGUCAUCCUGGAGAAUGGGAAAGGUGCCACAGGAAAUGAUUUAAGAUUGUGUCUUUAAAAUGUACAUAUUGGACAACAUGUCUGUUCUGCCCACCCCAGAUACCUUCAGAUGCCCUCAUAGAGCCUUUAUGUAACCUAGGGGAAAUCAAAGUUCCAUCUUAGAGUCAAAAGAUGCGUCAGGAGAACGUACUAUGGAACACUUUAUUCCUUCUUUUUCACCAUCUCCAAUCUAUAAUUUACUUGUUCAUGAAGGUUUGAUUUAACCCACCAAGUUACACUGAUUCAAAACAAUGCUCUACUUUUUGAGUUUUGGAAGACAAGGAAUGUGAGCACUGCAAAAAAAAAAAAAAAGCUGUGCAGUUCUGUUUGUAAUCUGAAUUCUUAGCAUCCGGUAGAUCAUUGAUGAUUGUUUUUCCUUUAGAUCAAUGAGUGGUCUUAAGCAGGUUAUGGGGCACAUGCCAAACCAUGGUUAAGGAAGCUUUGUUUGGCUUUUGGUCAUGCCGCUGGUCUAUGAAUAUUCAUGCUUGCAAAGAGUUUCCUUAUCUAUUCCUUGCUAUUACUGACUUUAUUUUCUUAUUACCUCCAAGUAUGAACUUAGGACUCUGUUGUUCUGUCAGUGCUUCUGUGAAGGAUGUUAUUAGUCCACUUCUCUUUCUGUGCUAAGUGUUGCACCUUUCUGGGGUGUGGUAUAGAACCAUCCAUCAGACUAUGGCUCUCCAUGUGAGCUGUUUGUCUGGCACUGUUGAAUUAAGCUUUGCUUUGCAUCUUAUGUGGCUCGGUCCCUUUCUGCGUUUCCAUGCAUUAGAGCCAUGGAAUACUUAUUUAUUUAAGUCUUCGUUCUUCAUUGCAGUCCUAGCCUUUAUCUUGUGUUCGGGAGAAGGUGGCUUUUCAGAAGUGUGUUGUUUAGACAGUAGGCUAGCAUAUGCACAUGUAGCUUGUCAUUUCCUCCCUUCCUUGGUCCAGAGGUUCUGCUUCUGCUGAAUAAUUCUGCAUUCAGAAUUCCAAUCCCCUCUCCCUUCUCUCAGGGUGGCCUUCAGCAUAUAAAUCUAGGACAGCCUUUCUCAACCUGUGGAUCCCCAGAUGUUGUUGAACUACAACUCCCAUCACCCCUAGCUAGCAAGGCCAGAGCUCGGGGAUGAUGGGAGUUGUAGUCCAACAACAUCUGGGGACCCACAGGUUGAGAACCGCUGAUCUAGGAAGUAAAAUGGAAGAGACCGAAUGCAAGAGACAGAACGGUGCCUGGGUACCAGAGGUUUGGCUAAUAAUCAGUAGUUUUCCUAACUCAGUCCAUUCCAUGGAAUCCAGAUCUCCAUGGUCUCAAGCAAAGUUCCGCACCAUUCUGUUGGCUAUUUGCAGUAUAGUAACGCUGCAGAGAGCUUGCUGGGGAGACCAUGCAUUAAAAAGGGACUCAAAACGUACUUAAAGAAGGUUUUAAUAAGAAAAACAAAAACUCCAUUUACACUAAAUGCAUCAACAAACCAGAGCCAACCACCAACCCAUCCCCCAGGGUAAUGGGAGAGCUAGGUGCUGCUCCUUAUAUACUACACCCAAUUGCUGACACAGCUUAAUCAAUACAACUCAGCAGCACCCGCUAUGUUUCACAGCUGUAAAGCUGGGUCUCGUUAUUUUGCUCUGGCCCCUUAAAGACAUACACAUCGGGUGGAACAAUGAUGAACCUUUACAUUUAAAGAAACCAUUCAACACAUUCAAGAUCCGGGGACUUUGUUUAAACACAUUUCAUAGAACGUAGGAUGCUGUUUUAUACCACAUGAGUCUGUUGGCCCAUCUAGCUCAUAUUCUCUCCACCAACUGGCAGCUGCUCUCAAGUGUUUCACACCAAGUGACAUUCCCUGGCCUAUCUGGAGAUUGGACCUGGUACCUUCUGCUACAGAGUCAUGGACUUUCAGCUAUUGGUUACUUUCUCUGGCCCUUAUCCCUGUAACAGGGAUUUCUUGGGAUGAUGAUGAUUGAAAUAGGCCAGUACUCUGCUCCUCCCCAAAUCCUCUGCCUAAUUUAUUAUAUCACACAACAUACAAUCAUGGCAGAAAACCACAGUCCGUUCCUCCCUACCCCCACCCUGCAAUCUGCAAAUGUGGUUCCUUACCAUCAAAGGCAAUGUCCUAACGGAGGGCCUUAUACUUUUACCACUAAGACGUGAGUGGCAAUACAGGGCGAGUUUGAGCAAUCCAUGGAGUGAAAGAAACCAGGGUUGGCUGCAAAAUCCAAACGUGGUAGAUUGGCACGUUGGUGGGUACUUUUCGUGUACCCUGCGUCUUAUGUAAAUAAGAUUAUCAAACACUUUUGAGACAAUUAAAUGCAGAUGGUUAGACAAUGAAUUUCAAGAAAUUAGUAGCCAAAUCGGGAUAGUUUCUGUGCAGGUUUGGGGAUGCUGCAGUGUGGACUGCCAAUGGCGACUUACUUCUACCACCUGGCCAAACCGAAUCAAUGCAGGGUAUAUACACUAGCGAGACUGAAUGUGCUGCCAUCGACAGUACUACAGGGGAGAGUCCAGAAAAUACCGCUUGCAGAGAGACUAUGUCUCUUUGGACAGAGUUGUAUAGAAUCCGUUGUGCAUGUUCUUUUGCACUGCCCCUCGUAUCAGAGUAUUCCAUCUUAAGUUCAUUAAUCAGUUGGUUAUUAGCAGAGAGUAGCAUUUAGAUGAAUGUAAAGUAGCCUUCCUAAUGUUGACCCAGGACAGGCAUAGGAUGGAGAUAGUAGCCAGGUUUCUGCAACAAGCAGUGAGGAUCCGUGGAUAUUAUACAACAGUAUUGUAAUUGUUAGAUGAGUGGUUUUCUUGUACUGAACCUUUGGGAAUGUUCUCUAUAUGCCAAUAAAAGUUUGAGAAUGAUUGAUUGAUUGACCUUUAAUGGGUGUUGCAGGAACUGUUCUCCAGCGGCUAAGAUGCCAACACACGAGGAUAGCAGAUCUACCAUGAUUUAUGUUGAACUACUAAGCACAGAAGGAGGCACAAGUCCAUUACAUGGUUACUUAGGAGAUAAAUUCUAAAGCCCUCAUUAUUUUGCAAGCAGGGACAAACCCGAUCUCAGUUUACUGCCCUCGCUAGCCGUGAAAUUUUGCACAGGCACAAGCAAGGAUCUGAAAUGCUCUUCAGCGUACCGACAUGUUGGCUUGAAAUACAAGGAGGCUUUUGUCCGUCUCUGUACAUAAAGUACGGGUUCUGCACUGCUGUCCCCUACGUUGAGCUCAGCUAGAGCAUUCCAACUGCAAAAAAGAACCACUUGCAAGUUAAAUGUCCCCAAGAUAAAUAUGCCCAGGACCUCUCAACCAAAGUAGAAGCUUUUUUCAGUCCUGGUCUAAAGCUAUUUAUUACACUUGCAUACAUGCGUGAGUCUCCUAUUCUGGAAUAUGCAGCACUGGAAAUAAAUUAGUUCAGUUACAUAAAUGUACAACUGAAAGCAACUUAAAUUAUUCAAAUACCUAAGCAGCAAAUGUUCUCCCUAGCUGAACUGAAUGGAUAGCAUAAAAAGAAUAUGCCAGUGUUGUUUAGUAGUUGAGAGUGAUGGACCGGGAUGACCAGGGUUCAAAUCCCUACUCAACCAUGAAGCAUCUUGAGUGAUCUUGGACCAGUCGCAGUCUCUCAGCUUAACCUGGCUCACAGGGUUGUUGUGAUGAUAAAAUUGAAUUGGAGGAGAACCACCUUGAGCUCCUUUGGGGAAAGGUGAGAUAUAAAUGCAGUAGGAAUCCUAAUAACAACAAGAAAAACAAUACUAUUGGAGGCAGGGGAGUGACUGAGGCCCAAUAAGCAGCAGUCUCUAGGGCUGGGCGAUAUUUGGUUUUCAACAUCGCUAUGUAUCGCCGGCUAAACAUUGCAAUAUAUAUCAAUAUCUCAUGAUGUCUGAAAUAAGGAUGGAAGAGGUGAACACAUAGGGCUUGACGAUAUUUGGUUUUCAGCAUCAUGAUAUACCACCAGCUAAACAUUGCAAUAUACCAAUAGAUCACAAUGUCUGAAAUAAGGAUGGAGCUAUGUGGAAGCGUUAUCAGGGACGUGGGUGGCGCUGUGGGUUAAACCACAGAGCCUAGGACUUGCUGAUCAGAAGGUCGGCGGUUCAAAUCCCCACGACAGGGUGAGCUCCCGUUGCUCCAUCCCUGCUCCUGCCCAUCUAGCAGUUCAAAAGCACGUCAAAGUGCAAGUAGAUAAAUAGGUACCGCUCCGGCGGGAAGGUAAACGGUGUUUCCAUGCACUCCUCUGGUUCGCCAGAAGCGGCUUAGUCAUGCUGGCCACAUGACCUGGAAGCUGUACGCCGGCUCCCUCGGCCAGUAAACUGAGAUGAGCACCGCAACCCCAGAGUCGGCCAUGACUGGACCUAAUGGUCAGGGGUCCCUUUACCUUUAUGUGGAAGCGUUAGCUGGUUUCACGGUUUUCCCCCCAUUGUGAUUUUUGCCAGUGCCUGCUCUGGUGAUUCGCUGCCCCUUGCAAAAGGCAGGGGAGAACUGAGCUGGGAGAAUUAACAGGGGCUGCAGGAAUCAGGAAGCCUUGGCUGGCUUCACAGUUUUUUCUCACAUUGUGAUUUUUGCGUAGGACACACACACACACCAUGAUUCACGAUAUAUUGGCAGGUCAGAAAUUAUGAAGCCGUUAUUGCAAUAUGGACUUCAAGAGUGGAGAAGCCCAGCCAGAUGGGCGGGGUAUAAAUAAUAAAAUUAUUAUUAUUAUUCAAACUGGUUUUGGAGAAUAUAUUGGUAUAUUGCCCAGCCCUAGUAGUCUCUCUGGAAAGCCUGGAAAGCCUUCAUCAGUGUAAUAAUAAAUAUGAUCAAUCUAUCUUCCCCUAUGUUUUGGCUCUGUGACAAGAGCAGCAUCACCACUGCACUGAAAUUUACUUAGAACUUGUUAAGCUACUGUAAGUAACAACCCAGCCUGUGAAAUGACAGCAAUAUUGGAAAGAAGUAUUUAUGGAUGGAACUGUAAAUUCAGUAUUUUCCUUCCUAGUGAGGAAAGCCACACUCAGUUCCUUUCUGCUUGUCAUGCAGUGGCGCAGAAGCCUUGCUACAAAAUAGUUGAAAUGCCUAUCGAACUAUCAUUCUUAUAUCCUAUCGAACUGUCAUUCUUAUGUGAAAUCAUGUGCAGGAUUUAAGAUAGGAGCAACAGAAGAAUGUAAAGAAUGGACUUUGGAAGCUUAGGAAAUAAAUAUAUACAGUCGUACCUUGGUUCUCGAAUGCCUUGCGACUCAAAAGUUUUGGCUCCUGAACGCCGCAACCCUGGAAGUGAGUGUUCCGGUUUGCGAACAUUUUUUGGAAGCCGAACAUCCGACGAGGCUUCCACAGCUUCUGAUUGAGUGCAGGAAACUCCUGCAGCCAAUUGGAAGCUGUGCCUUGGUUUUCGAACAUUUUCAGAAGUCGAACGGAUUUCAUUCGAGAACCAAGGUACAACUGUAGAUGUGUUUUAAUGCAGCUACUAAGAUGGAAAAAUAAUAGUGAAAGGAGGCACAGGAAGUCAAGAAGAAAAUGUGCAAGCAAAAAAAGGAUACACAUGAUUGGAGUUAUGUAAUAAUUUGGAAGAUUUAAUAAAAACGAUUAUUUUUAAAAAUGCUUGCAGUACUAAUAACACCCAGUUUUCAACAGUAUGCAAUGUGUGUGUAUGUAAACAACCAGCUCAAAAUCUGUACUGCACUUUUGCAGAAGGGUUUAGAUUUGACUAUCAGUCCGCAGAGCAGAAAUGCAUUCUGGUGCUAAGAUUAUCCAUCUGGGAUGACAGCCGAGUCAGACAGGGGAUUAAGAUGUGUCUGUGACCUCUAGCAUUCUUGCCAUCUUUUCCCACAGCCAGAAAGUUUCACUUACAGUUUUCCACAGUAAUUGCCAGAGCUGGAAAUUCUUGCUUUUCUAUCGCUAACCUUUCUAUCUGGGUUAACACCUGCUGCCAAAAUGGUAAAUCACCUAAACCCGUGCUCUUUUUUUUUUUUUAAAGUGGUUUUUGUUUUUGUUCACAGAAAGCUCAAGUUACAGACACAUUUGGUUCCUCUUGAAAUCUCUGCAAAGUAAGAGUGCCGUGCUCCCUAUCGCUCACCUUCUUAUGCAAGGAAAACUAGUUUUAAUCGAGAUUAGGUAGAGUAUUUAGCAGAUGAUGCUGCAAUUUAAUAAACAAUGCCCUUCCAGCAUGCAUAACGGUAGCCCUUCAAAAAAAAAAAAGCCAGGUUGUUUUAGGAGGCACUGCAGAGUAGAGCUGGGCGAUAUUACGAUUAAUUGUCUGAAACCAGUAUGAUGUUCAAACUGCGAUACCAGUUAAACUUUUUGAGCUGGCCCACAGCUGGUGGCCGGGAAGCCAAGAUAUAGGGCCAGCGCAAGUUGCCUUGAUCAGCUGUGAGGUGGACAGUUUACGAAAGCCUGUUUCUCAGCUGAUCAAGCCCCCUCUGCCUCCUGCAAACUGAAGUGGGGGCCAGCUUGUUUAGACUGCUCCUCUGAAGGGCCAGCAGGCUCAGGGGCCAGCAGGAGGCUGCCCGCCCUUGUCCCCAUAUAGCUGCUGCUCAUGGGAGCCAGAAUGGUAUGGGGGCUCGUUCAACUUUGUGACCUGGGCAAGUCCCCAGACCUGUCUGGCUCGUGCAUGCAGGAGCCUUAUGGGGAAUGCCUGGGCAAUUUCAGACAUUGUGAUAUAGCAGUACAUGGCAGCAUUUAGCUGCUGAUAUAUCACAGUGUUGAAAACUAGAUUGUCACCCAGCAUCCAAAAAGUUAGGUUUAAAAAAGGCAAAUGACCCCUGGACAGUGAAGUCCAGUCAAAGGUGACUGUGGGGUUGUGGCGCUCAUCUCGCUUUCAGGCCGAGAGAGCUGGCGUUUGUCCACAGACAGCUUUCUGGGUCAUGUGGCCAGCAGGACUAAACCGCUUCUGGCACAGUGGAACACCGUGACAGGAACCAGAGUGCACGGAAACGCCGUUUACCUUCCCACCACAUUGGUACCUAUUUAUCUACUUGCACUGGCGUGCUUUCAAACUGCUAGGUUGGCAGAAGCUGGGACAGAGCAACAGGAGCUCACCCCAUCGUGGGGAAUCGAACCACCAACCUUCUGAUUGGCAAGCCCAAGAGGCUCAAUGAUUUAGAUCACAGCGCCGCCCGUAUGUCAUGGUAGAAGUGUAGGGGCUGGGACAAACAGUGAGGAUCAGAGUAUUGCAUUAGUUCCCUUCCAUUCUGGUGCUUUUAGCCUUUCUGAAGUGCAUUAGUUUUUAUGAUUAUUCAUUAUCUACUUACGUUUUGAAAUGACUGCGGAACGGCUGGAGUUCAUGGGAGUGCAACAAAGGUGUAUAAGGAAAGGAUAAAUGCACCUUUUUGUGUUGGUUAUGGAAAAUCCCCGGUGUGACACCAGCCUUUCCCACGCAAUCCAUAGCCCCAAAUAUCUGUAUUUUACACUCUUCUAUACAAAUAGCUGUGGGCUGCUUUGUAGAAAUGAUGGGAAAUUACAUCAAACGUUCAUCCUGAAUCAUUAUUUCUUCAUCAGGUUUGUAAAGAGUCCAGCUUGCUUAUUACAACAUGAAAUUUCAACAUAUUCCUGCAACUAAUAAAUAUGAAUUGCUGGUUUAGGCUGAAUUGUUCCUUGGCCAUUGUUCUCGGGUGUUUUUAUAGAAGGCAAAUAAGCUUUUUGUUUCAAAUGGAAAGCUGUUAAGCUAACCAAUCUCAUGUUGCUUUAAAGCUGGGACUUUCCAUAUAUUUGAAACCACCAGCUGCCAAACCAGUCCAAACAAAUGUUGGCUCAUUCUGCCAUUCCGUUGGCACCGAGAGAGGUGCUUCAUUAAAGCUUCAUCUCCCUCUAGUUAUGGUUGAAUGCUGUUCUGCCAAAUUGAUGUCCAAAGUGACUCACAAAUGAGUCACCUUUUGCUUAGCAAGUGAUUGCAAUAUGUGAAGACUGGUUCUAUACAAACAGAAGCUGUUGAAUGUUUUGCUUUGCUAUGGUUGAAAUUUGGGGCUUUUUAGCCUAAGAAGAGCUGCUCUUGCCCCAGACAAGGUCAAGCAGAGUUCUCACGGUAACAUUCUCCCAUCUUCUGUUGUGCAUCUUUUCUUAGCCAUGUCUUAAACCUUGUAUAUAUUAAUCCAUCUAGAGCCAUAGUUUUCAAAACACAAGGAGACAGAAGUUACACAAAAGUGCUGUUGUCUCUCAUCAUGUUGCCUGAGCCAGUCCGCAGAGCACUGGUGCUUAAAAGCAACCUUUCUCUUCACUGAGCACCAUUGCCUGAUUUGGCUGGUCUUGCUUUGUCGUGGGGCUAGUUCACACUAUGCUCUUCCCAUGUGCGCUCACAACCUCCUUUCCACAAUGCACAUGACUGUAACCAGGUGAGGAAAACUGUGAACUGGGCUGUAUGUUGAUAGAGCUGUAUGCAGGGUUUCUCCAAACUUGGAUCUCCAGCUUUUUUUGGACUACAACGCCCAUCGUCACUAGCUAUCAGGACCAGUGGUCAGGGAAGAUGGGCGUUGUAGUAAAAAAAACCAAUCAGCUGGAGACCCAAGUUUGGGAAAUGCUUGCUAUUGUUUGCUGUGGUUUUUAAAAACUUAUUUUAAUGCCUCUCGUAAAGAUCCUGCCCUGGUAGGAUUGUAUAAUGAAAAAACAGGAUAUAAAACAAGAUGUAUAUAUUUAAAGAAGAUGAAUAAAUGUGCAAAUUAAGUUAAUUUGGAUGUGCAGAAGAUAUUAAAAACAAAUUUAAGGAACUGCAGAAAGAGGGGGAUGGAAGUCAAGUUUUGAAAUGUCAAAAUGAAUGUAAAAUUAGUGAGACGUAUAAAACUAGUGAAAUGUAUAAACUUGAAAAGUAUAAAUAAAUAGAUAAAAUAUCAAAAAAUAAAACAGGAUAUAAAUAACAUUUUAUAAACCUCUCUGUGAGAUCCAUCCGAAUAGUGGUAUAAAAAUACCUUAAAGAAACAAAAACAAGCAAACAAAGAAUUGUUCUAGUUGGGUGUUGGAGCUGUUAAAAGUAUUCCAGAAGCAGAUGUUCUGUUUACUGAAGCAUGUCUUGGGAUGGGUACCACAUUAAGGGAUGAACAGGCCUGUCUCAGCCCUCUUUCUGCAAUGUUUUAACUAUUUAUUGUAUUGGCCUUAUCUGUUGCUUUAGCCGAACCAAAUUCAGUGUGAUCUGAAUGUUUUCUUUUCAUAAGCUUUCCCAUGGCAACCUCUUCAUACCUAAAAUCCAAAAGAAAGUAUUAAAACCUUACAGGCGUGACAAGUACAACACUGCUUAGCAACACCUUUUCAACACAGGAAAAAGAUCUUGCAAAUAAAACAUUGUUGGCUUUUCUUUUCCUUAGGUAUCUUGCCGGUGUACCAUAACAUGUUUGCACUAAUGAAUCAGACAGACAGAUGUUGGUAUCCCCCAAACCACACCUUCCAAGUAGAGGGAUCAACCAGUCUCACUGUUCUCUACCGGAUAAGGUUAAUAUCAUAGCUUGUUUUUGUUUAAAUCAAAAUGGUUUUUGUUUAAUUAGAUUUUUCUUAAACUAAAGGACUAUAAUGUAGGUUGAAAUAAUUGAUUAAUUUCCUACGACUUUUUUAUUUCCAUUUAAAUAUCAGAGGGGUUCAUAAUAAGAAUAACACUCUUUGUCCAUAUAUUUUACAGUCAGUUUUAUUCCAUGUGUUGUUUUAUGGAGGUUAUAGCAAAUGCACAUGGAGGCAGGGGCAGACCCCUGAAAGCUGACAGAUGACCACUUUUACUCCUCCUUGGAGUAAACUUGAUUAUCUAUUUUAUUUAAACCCAGAGCUAUUUAAUUUAUUUGAUGGGCCCAUUUAUAAAAAAUAAUUUCAGUGGAAUGUUCUCUUCUUCUUCUUAUAAAUGGAUUGUAUUGCAAUUACUGUACAAUUCUAAGCAUGUAGAUGUGGGUGUUUACUUCCAGGUAUGCAUGUAUGAGGUUGCAGCAUUUUGUUUAAAUAAGCAGUUGUGUCUGAACAAUGGCUGCAUUUCAACUGUGUCCUAGCAACCAAGGCAUUCCCAUUUCUCUAGUCAUAUAACCAUUUUGCAUAUAUUUCCAGAAUGUAAAACAUCUGCGGAUCAGUGUGUGUACUUCUGUAGUCUAGAAAAAUUUCCACUGAGUAGUCCCCAUCUUAAGGUUCAAUGUUCCACAGUGUGUCUUGCAUCACAAACAUAAAGGAGAUUUUUAAACCAUUUUGCCAUAAUGUUUCUGGGGAGGCUAAACCGCCUGUUCCUUUAUGUCAUCGUGUCAAGGGUAGGAGUUUUGGGAAGCUUGCCAGAGUCCAUAAAAUACAUAGAUAAAGGCUUUGUUCAGAAGCGUGUGUACCAUGCCUGACAAUUGUCUCAAAAGAGCUUCUCCUCUCCCAACUAAGCCAUGCUUCCUAAAAUGGAGAUUGCAUAAUGCACAAGAAAGUAUACAUUUACUACAAAAGAGACACAAAACUUUUGAUUCUUGAGUCUGCUAAAAUGAUAUCGCUGAGUGAUAUUUUGAUAAAUUGUCUGAAACCGGUGUAUGAUAUUCAAACUGUGAUACCGGUUUCAGACUCUAUACAUUCGCAAUGUAUUGCCAGCUCAAAUUGCCCUGAGGCAGAAAAGGCAUAGGCAGGCAGGCAGGUAGACAGGAGCCUGAGAAGAUUCUCACCUGCAAGCUAUGCCUCCAGUUUCACCUGGGCAGGCAGGCUGCCACUUCCUCCUGGUUGGUCACUCCUGGAGCGACUGACAGGGAGGAAAGUGGCAUCUCGGCCAAUUGGGUGAAGGCGAAGGCAGGCAGGUGAGCGCCUUCUCCGGCUCUGUCUUCCCCCUGCGUGUGCCUUUGAAGAAGCUGCUCUCUCCCCCUGGCUCACAUGAGCGAGAGUAGUAUGGGGGCAAACUCAACUGUUGGGCUGGGUGAUGUAUCUCAGCUGCUUAAGGUGGGGAGGAAGAAGCAGCCGAGAUACAUUUCAGGCAUCAUGAUAUAUCCGUAGAUUGAGAUAUUUAGCUGCUGAUAUAUCACAAUGUUGAAAACCACAUAUCGCCCAGCCCUACUUUCUGUGCUCCCCUGCUCUGACAAUGUGCUGGAACUACAAGAAUCCCCGAACAGGAAGCCAUGGCUUAUGACAUAUGAGCAGGUCCAAAUUUUACUCAUCACAGUAGCGCAGGCUACAAGUGCCCAGGAAUCUAGACUUUCAUAGAACCAGCUGCAUUUGCCUGCCUGUGAUCUGACAUAGUACUUUGCAAACUCUAGAAGACAAGGCUUUAAAAAUGAGCAAAAUUAUUUAGUAGCAGUUGUAAGGCAUGAAUGUAAGUCCCAGAGGCAGUUGCAGACAAUGCCGGGGAGUUGUGCUCCUUUUGUGACCUCCCUCCUUCAGAGUCAGACCACAAUAGUAUAGCUGAGGCAUUCCAGAAUAAAGAGGGAGAGGGAGGAGGCAGAGAACUCAGUGCGGUGCAAAUACGCCAGCAGGAGCACCAGAUUGCCUCUGCCAAUGUGUUUGCACCACUGCUGCCUUGCCUCUCCCACUCUCCAUCCUGGUAUUCAGGAGCAACUUGGCUGGAAGGAAGCCAGGGAAGCAGUGCCACCCUAAUGCCCCAUUCACUACUAUCUAAAGGCCACUGCUUUGCUGAAGCUAUGUAGUUCUGGGUCUGGUCAGUGUCUCAGUGGGCAGUUGUACAUCACUCUGGGUUUCAUGAUGGAAGAAAGUUGAGAUAGAAACAUAAGAGGCGGCGAGGGGAAUGAGUGGUGGUAUUUGACCAGUAAAUUGGCUAUGAGUUUUGAUGUUUGGUUAUUUGCUGGCUAAAUGCCAACUCCAGUGGAGAUGGCUCAUUUCAAGCUGGAAUAAUUUAGUGGCAAGAUGAACUUGUGUGAAAGUAUUCAAAGCCCUUGCCCUUUAAGCAGCCUGAAUUUCAUUAAAAACAUGUUUCUAACAUGUGUGGUCUUGGCUGCAAAAGCACUGAUAAUAUGUCUUUGCAUCUUAACAGGUUUUAUUUCCCACACUGGUAUUGUAACAGCAAUGUACGAGCAUUUCGGUACGGUGUUUCCCGCGGUGCAGAGAGUCCUGUCCUUGAUGACAUUGUCAUGUCUUAUUUGUUUGCUCAGGUAAAAUUUUGACAACGUAUUAUUUGGGUAUGGAUGUAUUUGGCCCUUCUCUGCGUUUUUACUGCUGGAAAUGAAUGUCUUCAUCCAAAUAUGGAUAAUUUCACAAGAAUAAUGAUAAUUAUAUGCAAUUAUCCUGUGAAAUAAAAAUACGACAGCCUUGAGGGCAGCACCAAGGUGUUGAUUCCCCUUUGAGAUCUGAGCUGAUUUCUUUGUUCAAAUUAAGUUCCGAGUUGAUUCAAUAGAAGACAACUCAAGCUGCGAUGAAAAUAAAUGAAAAGAGCAGUAGGCCAAAUUCAUCAGAAUUUCUGUGCCUUCGUUUUUUGCCUCCAGUGGCGGGAAGACUUUGUCCAUGGGUGGGUGAAGAUGCCUGUCACUCAUGAAACACAAGAAGAAUGUCUUGGCAUGGCUGUUCUGGAUAUGAUGAGGAUGGCCAAAGAAAAGGACCAAACUCCACUAGGCAUCUACAAUUCUAUGAGGUAACUCUUUUUGUGACGUCUUCUUCUGUAGCUGUGCAAAUGGGGAAGGGAGGAGUAAAACAGGAGGUGGAGGCAGGAAAGCACGAAAUGGAAAUUAGGAGCCAAACCAUUAUUAUUUUGAUUGCCUGUUGCCUUACCCCUUUUUCCAAAGAACUUGUUUCCAGUUCAUGGCUCUCCUCAUUUUAAGAUUAGGCUGAGAGAUAAGUGCCUGGCCCAAGGUGAUCCAGUCAACUUCACAGCAAAGCAAGAGUUUGAAGUUGGAUAAGGCAUUUGCAGAUCUGAGCAAGUUGUGGCCUGUUUCAUUUCACCAGAUGUGACAUUCCUCUUUUAUACAGCCUGGUGGUUCCUAGUUCUGGUCGCUGCAGAGAGAAAGUUUGAGGAUGCAAACCCUGACAUAGCCAGUGGAAUUCGCCUCCCGGUUUUCUGUCCCACUUGCUCAUAAGUUAAAAGAUUUUAGGAUUUAGGACUUACCUGAUAGUUGCUCUUGCACCUUCUGUAGAAGAAUACCACCAGCCCCCUUUGAGCUGCUCAUCAAUAUUUUGCCACACACUUGGUUGUCUUUGUUUUCACAGCUACAAGAUGUUUUUGCCAAAAUGCAUCAGGGAAAAAAUCCAGGAUUAUCACAUUCUGACACGAAAGAGGAUAAGAUACAGAUUCCGCAGAUUCAUCCAGCAGUUUGGCCAGUGCAAAGCAACCGCCAGAAACUUGAAACUGAAAUAUCUCAUAAAUUUGGAGACCCUCCAGUCUGCCUUUUAUUCAGAAGUGUUUGAAGUGAAGGAACCCGGCAGAGAGCCUUCGGGUGAAGAAAGUUUUGCAACCAUUGUUAUAUCCGGAAAUGGUGGAAUUCAAUGCUCAAGAGGGAAACAUAAGGAAAGUGAGACACUGGCAGAACAGGUAAUCUCGUAUAACAUACAGUCAUACCUUGGUUUUCGAACAGCUUAGUUCCCGAACGUUUUGGCUCCCAAAUGCCGCAAACCUGGAAGUGACUGUUGCGGUUUGUGAACUAUUUUUGGAAGCCGAAUGUCCGACGGGGCUUCCGAUUGGCUGUAGGAGCUUCCUGCAGUCAAUCAGAAGCCACGCUUUGGUUUCCGAAUGUUUUGGAAGUCAAAUGGAUUUCCGGAACGGAUUCCGUUUGACUUCCAAGGUACGACUGUACUUCUGUAUUUUGUUUACUAUGAAAGCUUCGAGAAUACCACUGGAAGCAGAAUUACUUGGUUCCAUCAAUAGAAUUCUUACUGGCCAAGUAGAACUUAGCAUUGUACAGUCAGUUGAAAGUAUUGUGGCAAGUACUUUGCAGGAAAAGGUACGCAGAAUAUAAAUGGUGAGGGAGGAGUGGGAGGCUGGUUUAAGGUUCUGUGGGUUUUUAGUGCACAUCCAGUUCUGUUCUGUGGCUUGGGCAAUGCAGGGUCCCAAUCCUUAGUAUCAAUGCAGACUCUAGUUCCUAUUGGUUUUUAUUUGUGCCUAGCGUUGAAUGGGAUUUCACCCAAGUCUUUUAAGAUUACUAGCCUUAAAGGUAAAGGGACCCAUGAUCAUUAGGUCCAGUUGUGACCGACUCUGUGGUUGCGGUGCUCAUCUCGCUUUACUAGCCGAGGGAGCCGGUGUACAGCUUCUGGGUCAUGUGGCCAGCAUGACUAAGCUGCUUCUGGCGAACCAGAGCAGCGCACGGAAACGUCAUUUACCUUCCCGCCGGAGUGGUACCUAUUUAUCUACUUGCACUUUGACGUGCUUUCAAACUGCUAGGUUGGCAGGAGCAGGGACCGAGCAACGGGAGCUCACCCCGUCGCGGGGAUUCGAACCGCCGACCUUCUGAUAGGCAAGUCCUAGGCUCUGUGAUUUAACCCACAGCGCCACCCACGUCCCUUACUGUCAUGGAAAUAAUUUGGAUUAGCAGUAGAUGUGCCUGAGAAGUGAAGAUUGCCAUUUUCUGUUCUCCAGUGGUGUUCUAGGAGGAUAAUACAUUGACAGUUCAUUAUUUUUUUUAAUGCAUGGUGGUACACAAUUAACUCUAUUGAUAAAAUAUUUCCUUUCUAAAUACUUUAUAGACUGUAGGUUGGGUUAAGCAAAGGGGGGAUUUUCUCUUGAGUGUUUUGGAUCUUGGUGCUUGAACAUUGCUCUUUUAAUUUCUCUGUAAUUUAAAUUUCAUCUGUUAGUGGUGGCAGCAUCACUUAAAGCGUAUGGUGAUUCUUAUCUAAACAGAGAUAAGCAAACUUGAGUAAUGCUGUCUGUGCACACAGAUGGUAGCCUUCUUAGAAAUAAGACCCCAAUCCUGCUCUGUUUCUCUUCAGUCUGUGCAAUUGUCAAGGUUAGCCUUUCAUCAGUUUCUUCUGAACAUCAGUGCAUAAAGAGGGAUUUUUCCCUUGGGAAACUCUUCCCUUGAAGGUCUGCCUGAUUCAGAGGCUUACACCUUGUGGUAAAGAUGUAAAAACCAAUAAUUUAGCUGCCAUUGAUAAAUAUUGUGAAAGGGGAGUAGAGAAGUAAUGUGCAAACAAGUAACCAGGCUCAAACUUUUUUUUCCGGCAGGAAAGGAUGUUUCUUACUACCUCAGAAUCAGGCUAUUGAGAAUAAUGUUACAACUGCUCUGUUUCAGUUGAUGGCUAGAAGGUUGACUAAAACACUCACAAAUAACCCAUUUCCUAAUAAAGCAACAUCUUUUCGCAGGAAAUACAGACCUAUUGCGAUUUCCCCGACAUUAUCGAUGUCAGUAUUAAGCAAGCAAGCCAGGAAGGUUCUGGCGAGAAUAGAAUUGUAACCAUUCACAAGCAAGACAGCAAGAAUUUGGUAAGAGUGGCUUUCUCUUUUGAUUACCUUACAUUUCUGUGCAUUACUUGUCUAAACAAAUUGGAUUUUGAUGCCCUGCCUUGUUUGCAUAUCUGCAGUGUAAGGCAAUUAGGCAAGUAAGUUAGACUGUGACUUUCACAGAAUGUAGCAAAAGUAAUCUGUGUGUUCUUAAAAACAACAGCCCUCCUGUUCCGUUUUGCGGCGGCCACACCGUAAGCCUUUCCUUUCCUCAUGCAUUUUGCACAGGGAACAAUUAAACUUCAAUGAGUAUAUAUCUCCCAUUCAUUUGAGAUUCCUAGCCGUAGUCAUUAACCACAGAAGAACGAUGUAAAUACACACAUGUGCAACAAAUCAUAGCCUGGAUGCUCCUUCUCCAUCCGCUGAGAUUGGGAGUGCGUCUCAAACUCACGUGCUCGAUCCAUUCUCCUUCCCGGCACAAAAAAGGCAAUGAUUCCACAUGGAGAUCGUACAUAUAUUUGAGCACGGUAUCUCUGCUUAGCACAGUCCCUGUUUUCUGCCCGUGGUAAAGGGCUGUGACAGAGCAUGCGGCUUAGAAACAUUCUCCUGAAACAUUCUCCUGAAACAUUCUCCUGCACAUAAGGAGGUAGUGGAGUCCUAUUCAGUUCUAUCUAGCCUGAGACCCAUGGUUGUCUGUCUUUCCCCACACGAUGGCACAUUUACACAAUUUUGAAACAUGGGUGGAAGACAUUCCCCCCCCCCCUUCAUACUUUGUUAGACAAACCUUACUAAAAAUCUAACGUGUGUGGUUUGUUUGUUUGUUUGUUUUUUUAAUCCCCCUUACGUUGUAGGGCUGGGCAAUAUCUGGGCAAUAUAAUACUGUAACAACAACAACAACAACAAUUUAUUAAUUAUACCCCGCCCAUCUGGCUGGGUUUCCCCAACCACUCUGGGCAGCUUCCAACAGAAUAUUAAAAUACAAUAGUCUAAUGAUAUACAGUGCUACCUCUAGUUACGGACUCGAUCUGUUCAGGGGUGCUGUUUGCACCCUGAAAAGUCCGUAACUAGAGCUCCGCUUCUGCACACACACAUGGCGCAAUAGAGCUUGUGGAGGGCCAGACUAUAUUUUGGAAAAAAAUAUAUGAACGAAUGCCUAUGCCCCACAAAUAACCCAGAGAUGCAUUUUAAAUAAAAGCACACAUUCUACUCAUGUAAAAACAUACUGAUUCCCGGACCAUCUGCGGGCUGAAUUUAGAAGGCGAUUGGGCCAAAUCCGGCCCCCAGGCCUUAGUUAACCUACCCAUGCCUUAAUGCAUUCACCAAACCGUUCAUAUUCCUUGUCAUGGAAAUGAAUGGAUUAUUCAUUUCAGCGUUUGUGGGUAACGCAACAAAAUGAUCAACCAUCAGAAGCAUAUUCAUGCAAUUAGUGUUACCAGAAAAAUAAUAAAUAUCUUACUAUCUUUCUCCCUUGCCUUUGCAGGAAGCUGAAUUUCAUUCACUAAGAGAGGCUCUUUCUUUCGUGUCAUUGAUUGAUGGAUAUUACAGAUUAACCGCAGAUGCCCAUCAUUACCUCUGUAAAGAAGUAGCACCCCCUUCCAUCAUUGAGAAUAUUCAGAGCAACUGUCAUGGGCCAAUUUCGUAAGUGGCAUGUUUUAUAAGAUGUUGAAAAGGUGUUUUUUUCCCUUUAAUCCUGAAAGAAAAGAGAUGCUCCACUUUGCUUGGGAGGCAAUUGCCUAGUUCAUCAAGGAUAAUUAAUGCCAAAUCUUUUAGGUAUGUGCAGAUGUGCAGCUGGAUACGUGUUUUAUUUGGCUCGUUUCUCAUUUUGGCACAGCAGGAAGUGGCUGCAUGUACACACCUUCAUCCAGGAACACUUUAAAAAAUGUACCUGCCAUUGGGUUUUUUAAAAUACACAAUAAUAUAUUUUCCCUAUCUCUCUCCCCCCCUGGAAAUACUUUGAAACCUUGGUAAAAGCAUGUGGGAAGGUCUCUCAGUGUUUCCUUUUGUAAUGAAUUCAUGUUUAUUCAGCCACAACACUUAAUGCAAAGUUUUAAGAUGCUUUUUCUUUCAUUCUCAGUUCAGUUCCGAAUGUGUCAUGCAGUGAAUAGAGAACAGUGAGUUUUAAGGUCUCUCAGCCAUAACCAUGGUGAUGGUAUAUGCGGUCAUAGACAGAGAACUUCUUAAUAGGUUCACUGCAGGAUCUGGCAGAAAUAGAAUUUGAAAUUGUGGAGGAAGAAAAGGCAAUUCAGAUAUCAAUAUCUGGAAUUGAGCACAGAACAUUGCUAGCAAAGGAAAUUGCUUUUGGGCUAAGUGGUCCCUUCUUGUGAACUUUUCCGUAGGCUUGAGGAAAAAGAAAUAUUUCCGGCUGUGAGGGUUGUUUUUGUACUGUUGUGUAGUAUUGCCUGGUUCUGAAGAGCUAAGUGUCUCUGUGCGCUUCAGUUAAAAGUCCAUCAUAGGGAUUUCUCAGCCUGUUAACCAGAGGGGUAGAAAACACCUCCUUGCUAGGGGAAGGCAAAGGAUUGUCCCCACCUCCAGGUUGGGCAAGAGUUGCAGACUGCCUUUUUUGAGCUCUUUUGAGCUCUACUUUCUGUGCUUUCCGUUCUUUUAUUACUAUUAUUAUUAUUAUUAUUAUUAUUAUUAUUAUUAUUCUCCACCCCGGUUUGGGAAGAAAUGCAGCUAUAGGAAGCAUCUGAAGAUUGCUCUUGUGUAAAGGUAAAGGGACCCCUGACCAUUAGGUCCAGUCGUGGCCAACUCUGGGGUUGCGGCGCUCAUCUCGCUUUAUUGGCCAAGGGAGCCGGCGUACAGCUUCUGGGUCAUGUGGCCAGCAUGACUAAGCCACUUUUGGCGAACCAGAGCAGCGCACGGAAACACCGUUUACCUUCCCGCCGGAGUGGUACCUAUUUAUAUACUUGCAUUUUGACGUGCUUUCAAACUGCUAGGUUGGCAGGAGCAAGGACUGAGCAAUGGGAGCUCACCCCAUCGUGGGGAUUCAAACCACUGACCUUCUGAUCGGCAAGUCCUAGGCUCUGUGGUUUAACCCACAGUGCCACCCGCGUCUUGGUACUUUGUCCCAAACAAACUGCACUUCCUCUUCUACAGCUAGAAGGAGGAGCCUACAGUUCCUCCUUUCCACCUGGGCUUGGUGACAAAGGUGCUUUGAGCAUGAGCUGCUGGCUCGCCCACUCCUUUGUAGGAGAGACAGAGAAAAGGAGUUCCCCAAGUGGGUAACUGGAUUGCUCUCAUCCCUUCAUACACAUCUUGCAGAGCACAAGCACACUUGACAGAUAAGUCUCUUUUGACAUGGGUUAAUUCCUACUCUCUCCUUGGGCUCAAGGAGGCAUCCAUUUACUGACUUCAUCCCUGCUUCUGUCCAGGAGUAGCAAGGAACCAUGAGACCAGAUUCUGAGGUCCAUCCCAUUCCUGGUAACUUCUUUCUAGUUUCCUUGCCUUGCCUCGUCCAGGGCAGAACACGUGUCUUUGUCUCUGCAACUUUCCAACUCCAGCAUUUUUUUACCUUUACUGUCUUCCUCUGUUCGGUUUCCACCCAAUCCUUUCUCAUUCUUCUUCUGCAGAAACAAAACAAAAACAACUAGGAUGACUCUUUUUCACGUGCCAGGCCUCUUCCAAGGACAUGCCAAAAUCCUAACAUCUUUCGGGCUUUUGUUGCUGGACUCCAAGCCAUAUUUCUCCUCCCUUGUUUGACACCUCCUCCUCAGGUCUUUGUCUCUUAGCUGGACAGAAACUUAGGGAGGUGUCAGAAGGAAGAGGAUAGACCUAAAAACUUAGUCACGCCAUUCUCCUGCACAAAAGUAGGGAUUAACCCAGUAACCCUUCAGUCACCCCAAGCAAGAAACUGCUUUCAAGGAACCACAUUUUCUAGAUGUCUCUAGGCAGGAAUAAGGAUGAGGACCCUAUACUAUAUUACGAGAUUCUGAGUGUGAGAAUCUUUUGGUGAGCCACUCUGAGAACUUCCUGAAGAUAUAAAAUGAGAUAUAAGUUUUCUAAAUAAAGUUUAAGGAGGUUACAUGAGGAGAGGCAUUGUGCUUUCCAUAGGAAAGGCAAUAUUGUGUUAUAGGGUCAUUUUCAGCUUUUGCUGUCAGUUGGGCUGAGGGAUGUCUGGUUUUCAACACUGUGAUAUAUCACCAGCUAAACAUUGCAAUAUACCAGUGAUAUACCAAUAGGAAAUAAGGAUGAAGCUAUGUAGAGGUGAAUGGGGUGAUGCCCUAGCCAACUGCUACUACUUAGGUGUCUAAAACAAAUGCAUUUUUACUUACUUAUUUGCAGCUGCAUGUGCUGCCUCUGGUGUAUAAAAAUGAUAUUAUUGCUUCAGUGCUUUUAUUUGUUUCUGUUUUGUUUUGUUUUAUUUCCUAUUUCAUUUACAAGCUGUCUUGAGUCCUUGUCAGGGGGAAAGGGUGGGAAAUAAAUAAAAUCCAAGUUUGGCACUGACCACACUUACAGAUCCUAGACAUACUUAUGCCCUUCGCAUUUUCUUCCCAGAUUUUUUUCCUUGCAUUUGAACUGCUGCCAUACUGAUUUCAACAAUCUGUUAAUAUUGGUAGGGGUUUGGGCUCUUCUGUUCUGCCAGGUUUCAAAUGAGACACCGAAUGAACCCCUUCCAGCUAGCGAAACAGGGAUUUGGUUCUGCCUCCCUUACUCAGAGGGGAGACUGUUCUCUAGCAUCAAUUUAGAAAUUCGUAAUAAGUCUGUUUCCCUUUCGCUCUGCCAAAGGAGUUUGCCAGAAGUGCCCAGAUGUUGUAACCUGUAGGCAGUUGUAAGUGGAUGGUCACAGACUUUUACCGGGGAUAGAAAUAUGGUAAUUGCUAGAUGUUCUGCAUAGCUCAAAGGUUGCUAGCUUUUAAAAGCUUGCUCUUAACACUUGUGCUCCCUCCCUCUCGUUUUUCCAAAAUAGCAUGGACUUCGCAAUCAAUAAACUGAAGAAAGCUGGCAAUCAGACGGGCUAUUACGUUCUUCGUUGCAGUCCAAAGGAGUUCAGGAAAUACUUUCUUACCUUUGCAGUGCAGGUUAGUAAAGAGGAGCAGAAUACACUGUUACUUUGGCUGUGAACAAGAAAGAGAGGAUUCAGAAUACCUUUGAUUAUAAGUAUUACCUGUUAAACCACUGUGCUUUUGAAUAAUUUUUAAAAAGCUCAGCCACCUCUAAUUCUCAGUAAUCUCUGUGCUUUGUGAACAGUGCACAUACCCAUGUCAGUCUGCAAAGAAAGAUUGUGAAGAAAUAAAACUUUCCUUUUCUUCUGACAUGUUCAUUCAAGCACCGAGUAAUGGUAGUUUAAGGGACGCGGGUGGCGCUGUGGGUUAAACCACAGAGCCUAGGACUUGCCGAUCAGAAGGUCGGCGGUUCGAAUCCCCAUGACAGGGUGAGCUCCCGUUGCUCGGUCCCUGCUCCUGCCAACCUAGCAGUUUGAAAGCAUGUCCAAGUGCAAGUAGAUAAAUAGGUACCGCUCCGGGGGGAAGGUGAACGGCAUUUCCAUGCGCUACUCUGGUUCGCCAGAAGCGGCUUAGUCAUGCUGGCCACAUGACCUGGAAGCUGUACGCCGGCUCCCUCGGCCAAUAAAGCGAGAUGAGCGCCGCAACCCCAGAGUCGGUCACGACUGGACCCAAUGGUCAGGGGUCCCUUUACCUUUACCUUAAUGGUAAUUUAACUAUUAGAAUUUAGUCAUAUCUUCUAUUUGUGACUUAAAAAUAAACCUGUAUUAAUAUUAGCAUAUCUGCACAAUCUGUAGGCAACCAGGCAUCAUUUGUGCUACAAGUAACAAGAGAUUGAUGCUAUUUUCAUAUGAGUAUGGGCUUUCUACAUACUCUCACUAGCUUACCACAAUAUAACAUAGUUAGUUUUAACUACAAAUGAAAGUACUGUAUUCAAAAUGCCAUUCCUAAUUAUUCCUUGGAAGAUGAUCAGCUUCUUUAGUUAAAAAUUAGUUUAUUUUAAAAAAUGAGCAAAUUUGCCAGACUAUGUUAGGGAACCCCUUAGCAGACUCUUCAAGGCCUCAAGAGUCUGAUAAAAGCAUCUGAUAAGGUUGGGGUUUUAUAUCCUUGCUUUAACCAUCAAUGUCACGUUAGCAGAGUGCUUAAAGCAAGAUUAAAGGACAGGUUUUCUGCUGUUCAUCAAAUGACAUGCAGUGUGUGAUGGUAAAAUAUUGACAGAUACAGGUGGAACCUGCAACGAAACAUGCUUCUGUUCACAGUGUCAGCAAACCAUGUCAUCUUCCAGGAUAAUCAGAUUCUGUUGAUUUCUGAUUCUGUUAAAUUCUGCAUUAUAUUUGAGUUUCCACACAAUGUAAAGGCCCCUUCGUUUCUGUUUUGUUUGCUUCCAGGAAAAAAAAAACCUUUCGUAAAUAACACAGAAAUGAGCGCUAAACUUGUGCUAUAAUCUGCUAUAUUUCUGGAAGUGGCUUUUUUGUCAGGUAAAGGCUCAAAUAUAAUGCAGAAAUUAAUAGUUAAGUGAACAUCAGGAAUGCAUAAUAAACUCCCACAUGAAUCCGCUGGAUGUGUCACUGAAGUUUUUAUUAUUGUUCUAUAAGUUUUGGGGGUUUCUCUGAGCCUGCUAUUCUGGUACCUCCCUCUCAUGCAUGGAUGGCGCCAUUUUGUCUACAAAGGUAUGAUUCCUAAUUUAAAUUCAGUAUUAUAAACAAGAUAGCUGUUUUGAAACAACAUCUUUCUUACCGUUUCUUAAUCUUCAGCGGGACAGUACCACGGACUAUAAGCAUUGCUUGAUCACAAAAAAUGAGAAUGGCGAAUAUAAUCUCACUGGAACUAGAAGAAGUUUUACAAACCUCAUGGAUCUCUUGAACUGUUAUCGGACAGAAACUGUCCGGUCAGACAGUAUAAUUUUUCAGUUUACCAGAUGUUGCCCUCCAAAGCCAAAAGGUAAAUGAUUCACAACUCCCUUAAGUGGUGGUGUUAAUGUUUUUUGGUUUUAGACUUUGCUUUUCUGUAAUAAAAUCUGCCCAGAGUGACUUGCAAAAACAUGAAUACAUUGCACCGGGGGGCGGGGGGGAGGAUGAAAUGAGAAAAACACAAAACUCUGCAAUGAAAACAAUAAAGUCAGAGAACUGGAGUCAGACUUUUCGAAAGCAGGGUCUCAGUUUAAUAGAUUGGCUUGAUUAACCUAUUUUAUCUAUGUGGACUAUAGAUAGCAUUCAGUAUAUUAUAUAUUUCUAUGACGGACAGCGUCAUAUACAAUAUAGAAUCUACUUGACGCAGUAACCAAUACACACUCAGGCUCCAAAACGUGACAUGAGUAAUAAAAGCAAGAUUUGUGGCCCACGGUGGUGGUGGUAGGAGAGUGUUGACUUAGACACUUCCUUUUCUUUUAGGCCAUUUAUUAAUUUCAUUCGUUCAUUCUAUAAUCUGGUUGGUUUUAAUAAAAGGCUGAUAGCUAAGGUAUUGUAGAAGUACAGAUAGUCAUAGGGCUGAGGGCUAGGUGUUUCAGAGCCACUCCUGGCUCUGGGGCCAAAUUCAGGUUGCAGCUCAGGCUCUCGUAACUGUGCAGAAGUCGCAACCAGCCCUGAGAUCCCUCUCUGCUGUGGUUCAGCACGGCCACAGUCUUCCUCCGAUCCCCUUUUGUAGCAUUCUGCAGAGGGCCUUUUCUGCCACGAAGGACCUGCGGUGACUGACGUGGGUUUGAGGAAAGGGGAAAGAAAGCAGGGUGCAAAACAAACCACAGAUGUGGGAAGCUGCUCUCUUGCCAAGUAUAGGAUUCUGCUUGUAGCUGGAGUGGUGUUAGGGCUUUCUCAGCCUGUGGGUCCCCAGAUGUUGUUGAACUACAACUCCCAUCACCCCUAGCUAGCAAGGCCAGAGCUCGGGGAUUAUGGGAGUUGUAGUCCAACCACAUCUGGCGACCCACAAGUUGAGAACCACUGUGUUAGGGGUAGAACCUGUGGCUCUGCAGAUGUUGUUGGGACUAGAACUCUGCAUCCCAUUCUGGCUAAGCCUGAUGGAAAUCGGACCACAUCUGGAGGGGCAGAUGUUCCCCAUCUCUGGUGUAAGCCAUGCUCUGUGCAACCGUGGCUAAUGCAGAUGAGACAGGAUUAUUUAAUAAUAUUUGGAUUGGGUCUGUGGAGGGAACAAUUAAAAAAUAAAAGUUCGGUUUUGUGGCUAGAAGUGGAACAGCAAUACUGCUUGAAUGGUAUGAGGGAAUAGGGUUGCAGUCUCCUGUACUAUAUCCCCCUGGUGGUGCAGCAGUAAAACUGCUGCCACAUUGGCCAAGCUGCAAGCUGUACAUGUUCAGCUGCAAGUCAGCAGGACUUCAGUCUGAGAGACCAGGGUUCAAAUCCUCACUCAGCCAUGAAGCUCACCAGGUGACCUUUGGCCAAUCACUAUGAGCCAGUGUGGUGUGGUGUAGUGGUUAAGAGCGGUAGACUCGUAAUCUGGUGAACCGGGUUCGCGUCUCCGCUCCUCCACAUGCAGCUGCUGGAUGACCUUGGGCUAGUCACACUUCUCUGAAGUCUCUCAGCCUCACUCAUCUCACAGAGUGUUUGUUGUGGGGGAGGAAGGGAAAGGAGAAUGUUAGCCGCUUUGAGACUCCUUUGGGUAGUGAUAAAACGGGAUAUCAAAUCCAAACUCUUCUUCUUCUUCUGUCUCUCAGCCUAACCUGCAUCACCGGGUUGUUGUGAGGUCAAAAAUGGGGAGGAGAAAACCAUGAGCUCCUGGGAGGAUGAGGUGGAAUAUAAAUAUAAUAAAUAAAAUGAAAUUAAGUCUGUCUGUUUGUGAACCAGGACUCUGUUAACCUUCUCCUUACAGAUAAGUCCAACCUCCUUGUCUUCAGGAGCAAUGGAAUUUCUGACUUGCCCUCAUCGCCCACCUUGCAGAGGCAUAAUAACGUUAACCAGAUGGUCUUUCACAAAAUCCGGAAUGAGGACCUGAUCUUUGUAAGUUCACGAGACGUAUCUUCUCGUUUGUGUAAUACUCUGAUCCUCAGCGCAGUCCUUUGAAUUAAGUCCCAUUAAUUUAAUGGCACCAGCGUUGUUUCUCAGUGGUGUGUGUUACUGGAAAUAGUGUGCACAUCGGUGGGAAAUUGUAUUUACAGAAAACUAGGUAUUUAUUGUGAUAAGUGCACCUGGAAGUGGAAGUGUUCACUUGCAAUUCAUUUGCUGUGUGACUAAAUUAAUUGAAAAUCAGCAUGUGUGGUUUUUCUUUUUAAUGUGGGUUCAUACUUUUUUAUUAAGAUAAAUGUGGGAGUUUAAACUGAGUGAUGUCCUAAUCAUCAUAUUUUCUUUUCAGUAGCCCUUCCAGCCUACCUACCGUCCGUUCUCAAGCAAAUUAACCAAUUUAGUUUUGUGGCUUUUAACUUUAUAGAGUAUUGCACUUCUGAAGCCUCUCCACCAAUAAUAGUGCAUGCAUCAGCCAGGAAGGGGAGAGACAGAGAGACAACCAGCAUAUAUCAGAGAGAUGUUUGUGUGGCAACUUCACCCUAGGCCAGUUUCCUCUGAAAUUCAAGUCCCCUUGAAUUAAAUGGAAGUUACUACCCCAUGUAGUAGUAGUAGCAGCAGCAACAAUUUUAUUUCUUGGUGAUAUAUUUUAUUUCUUGGUGAUAUAUCGAUAUUUGAUAUACUGUCCAAAACCAGUUUGAUAUUGUGAUAUCGGUUUCAUAGUUUUUGACCUGGCAAUAUAUCACAUGAAUCAUGGUGUGUGUCUGUGUGGGCUGUGCAAAAAUCGCAAUGUGGGGAAAACCGCGAAGCCAGUCAAGGCUUCUCUCAAUUCCUUCAGCCCCUGUUAUAAUUCUGCCAGCUCAGCUCUCCCCUGCUUCAUAUAGGGCAGCAGCGUAUCACAAGAGCAGGCGCUGGCAAAAAUCACAAUGCGGGAAAAACCAUGAAGCCAGCCAAUGUUUCUACAUAGCUCCAUCCUUAAUUUCAGACAUUGUGAUCUAUUUGUAUAUCACAUUUUUGGGCUGGUGAUAUUUCACGAUGUUGAAAACAAGGUAUCUCCCAGUCCUGUUGUAGACCAUAGCAAAGAUUUAAAAGGACAUUUGGAAUUCAGCCACAAAUCUGGCUGUUGAUUUCCAGCUGCCAACGUAAUUAGAGAAACUCGCAAAUAACAUAAUUUCCCUUGUCUAACAGCAAAAGAACCUCCCUUGGUGUAACUCUCCCCCCCCCAUGACUUCAUGUAGGAUCACUUGGGGCUCUCUCCCCAGGAGGGAAAAUGAGAAGCCCCUAGCUUAACCUAGUCUCUCCACUCACCCUCAGAGAAGUCGUUUUUUGCAUUCCAGCAACAUCGUUCAAGGUGGCUGCUUGCAGGGCAAAUGGUAAAUAGCUUCAAAGCAAGUUUGUGCAGUCAAAUGGAAAUAAUUUCUCUGAACUCAGUUGUGCUUCCAUUCGGGUGAACCCACAAGGAUUGGUCUCAAAGCCUCUGUCGCGGAAUAUGCAAUUAAAUGAAGCAUUUGAUCUGUUCAGUUAUGUUUUUACAUUAUGAUUGUUUCCUUUCAGCUGAGACAGCUCCUGUAUUAGUCUUGAAACUAGGUAUGCUUUUGCUUAAAAUCGGCAUGAAGGGAUUUUGCAGAUGAUUGACUCCCCCCCCUUAUUUAUUUGGGGUUUUUUUAGAACGAAAGCCUUGGCCAGGGCACCUUCACUAAAAUUUUCAAAGGUGUGAGGAAAGAAGUGGGCGACUAUGGCAAGUUGUAUCAGACUGAAGUGCUGCUCAAAGUCCUGGAUAAAGUGCACAGGAAUUAUUCUGAGGUUUGUAUUCAUACUCCUUGGGUAAUAUGCUUAAUAGUUCAUAUGCAGGGCUAGUUCAGCAGAGCAGGAAUGCAGAGUUCAGCAAAUAUGGGAUCUCAGCUUUAAUUUUUAAGAUGAUGAUGAUGAAUUCAAUUUAUAUACAGCCCUUUACCAGAAGAUCCCAGGCAUGAAAACACCUUGCAGAACAUCCAUGUUCCCUAGAGCAGCCUUUCUCAACCUGUGGGUCCCCAGAUGUUGUUGAACUACAACUCCCAUCACCCCUACCUACAAGGCCAGAGCUCAGGGAUGAUGGGAGUUGUAGUCCAACAACAUCCGGGGACCCACAGGUUGAGAACCGCUGCCCUAGAGAAAGUCCGAGUGGGGUUUUUUUUGGGGGGGUGCAUUUGGCCGUCCUUUACACAGUGCCCAGAUCCUUUUAUCCACAGUCUGACCAGGCAGUAUGACUCCACUUACUCUCCCUGCCCACAGACAAGAGUACAGUGAUACCUCAGGUUAAGUACUUAAUUCGUUCUGGAGGUCCGUACUUAACCUGAAACUGUUCUUGACCUGAAGCACCACUUUAGCUAAUGGGGCCUCCUCCUGCUGCUGGAGCACGAUUUCUGUUCUCAUCCUGAAGCAAAGUUCUUAACCUGAAGCACUAUUUCUGGGUUAGCGGAGUCUGUAACCUGAAGCAUAUGUAACCUGAAGUGUAUGUAACCUGAAGCGUAUGUAACCCGAGGUACCACUGUAUUCAACACAAAAAAUAGUGACAGUUUGUUGCUGACAAAGGACAGCUGGACAUAUAAAGGACCCCAUUACCUGCAGUAGCUUAGGGCCUCAUCAAACCGAAAUACGGCCCUGUCUGGGAUGAUUGCUGUUUCACACAAUCAGAUGUUCAUGAGGUAAACAUGGACAUUUUCACAGUGUCUCUGUGUAACGUGAGGUCAAGCCUGCUCAAUCUGAUUGAAUGACGUAGCCGAUAGAAGUUCCCCGAGUUUAGCCUUUUGAAAAUUAAAUGCUUGCCAGUUACUCAUCAGUUGGAGCUGUCAUGCAUUGUUACAUGCAUUGAAAACUAGCGCCAUCAUCACCCCCCGCUGUGGGCAGAUGUAAGAGUCCUUGUAUCCUCAUGGGGGAUUUUCCUACUGCCAGUAAAUUGACAUGAUUCACUAUUAAAGCAGUUAGGCGUUGUGAGAAACAAUGAUUAAAAACAGGCCUGCAGAGAACAACGGCACCAUAUUAAUUACACCAUAUCGUUGCGGAAGGUGGGGAGCUGAAGUUAUGUGAAAGUGCAGGCGGUUUUUAAUUAAGUUUUAUUCCAAACAGUUCCCAUUAGGGUUUGCUCUGCUAAUUAUUGUUCCCUAUCUCUUGCAGUCUUUUUUCGAAGCAGCAAGCAUGAUGAGCCAGCUAUCCUACAAGCACUUGGUAUUAAAUUAUGGAGUUUGUGUCUACGGAGAAGAAAGUGAGUAAAGCCAAUUAACCGUUUUGUGUGCCCUAAUUGGAGUUCUGUUAUUACCUUCCUGUAUGCAAAUAGCUAUUUCCGAACACAUUUGCCUUCUUAUCAGGUACAUGUUGUCUGGCAAGGAACGACAAGUGUCGGUGCGAAACAAUGAGAGAUACAAAUGCCCUAGGUUGAUGUAAUCAGUUUGUUCCAGGCUGUACAGUGGUACCUUGGUUCUCUAACUUAAUCUGUCGCGCCACUUAAUCUGCCGCGCCACAGGGAAGACAAGCUUUCACAGUGAUGGCACCUUGCGCCAGGGGCAGGGGGCAGCGACAUUCAUUGCCCAGUUAAUUUCCCCCCCGCAAUCAAUGAGGACCACCCUGGCGAUCUACCUGGAGCACCCCAUCGGUCUAACUGUACAUCGCGGUCGACUGGUUGAACAUGUCUGGUACAGUAAUGCCUCCACAAAGGUCCGCCUUGUCUAGCAUCCGUUUCAGAUGGGUUACUUCUGGGUUUGCUGCUCGCGCAUGCACAGAAGCGUAAACUGCCCUGCGCACGUGCGCAGAGCGCUGCCCUGUCGAGCAUCCCUUUCGUCGAGCGUCCAGGGCUCCGAAAUGUAUCCCAGACUCAAAACAAGGUACCACUGUAUAGAUCUUUCCAUUAAAAAAAAACAACCCAAAACUUAAUAAACCAAACAGUUGUUGAAAAGAAAUGAUAGAAACUAUAGCUAGUACGCAUUUAAUACAUUGACAGUAUGUAAUUAAAAGUUUUACAUCAGAAUCUUACCUUUCACUUCAUGGUAACAAAGUUGUGUUGACGUUUAAAUGAUUUGUGAUUGGGGUGUAAACUAGAAAACAUUUCUACAAUCUCUGAGUCCCAAGAAUGGCUUAGCAUUAAUUUUGCUGAGGAAACAAAGAGUCUCAGUUCCAUAAUUUGCAGCACGCACCAGUCUGCAGGGAUGAAACAGAUGUUUUCAAAUGUGGCUGGAAGGAAUUGUGGCUAGAAAGCAAGGCUGGCUUAAAAUUCCGUUUAUUAUUAUUAUUAUUAUUAUUAUUAUUAUUAUUAUUUAUUGUCUGCAUCUGUGUUUCAAAUUAGAUAUUCUGGUACAGGAAUAUGUGAAAUUUGGGUCAUUGGAUACUUAUUUGAAGAAGAAUAAAAAUUCUAUAAACAUCUUGUGGAAGCUAGAAGUUGCAAAGCAGCUGGCAAUGGCAAUGCAUUUUUUCGUAAGUAUCUUACAUUUCCCGCUAGCAAAAUGCCGAAGGUCAGGGAUUCACUCCCCCUACCCCUAGUGGAUAUUGGUGAAGAUUUUUUAGACAUAUUCAUUGGUGUUUCUGUUUGUAGGAUCCAGACAGCUUGCACACACGUCUUGUUUUCACGCUCACUCCUUUAAAAAUCUGGUGUCUUAUGUGUGAUAAGACUAUGAUCUGAGUUGUGCUGUUAAACAAAUGCAGGAAACUUCUGCUUUAUCUGUGGGGGGUGUUAACGGAAAAAUCCAAGGGCUCCCUUGGACAAAAAACAAAGACACCAACCAGGAUAACUUGGAGCAAAACAGCAGCCUGUAGGCUUGGCCUUUAUUGAUCUGUUGCAACAGGGUGCUCCCCUCACCUGCAGGAGAGAGGAGGGACCCAGAAAAAUGGUGUGCAAGGCCUUAUAAAGACUUUUGAAAUUGCCACCCUGUAGAUCAAGACCACUCCCAGAAACAUCAUACAUACAUCACAGAAGGGGUGUAACCUAAGACCACCCCUCAGAUACAUCACACCUACAUCACAGAAAAGGCAGUCUAAAACAGAAAUUUGAAUAUUGUUUUUCUCCUGUCCUUGUUUAUCUCCUGUCUGGCAGGUUACUUGAUUGGAUUGCCUGGGGAGCCUGGCCAUUCUUUUGUAGUGAUAAAUACUUAGUUCCUGGGCCAUGUCACAGGCUCACACCCUAUUCAAACACAGACAUACCCUAAAGACAGGAUUUGUGAAGGAAAAGACAAUGGGGAGGCUUUUCCACUUUGACCUUGCAGAGAAAACAUUUGCUCAGUUUAGGAAUCAAAAUGGUUCCAGGUUGGCCUUCCUGUGCUGAUCUAUGUAUGUGCUUGGUUGGUACACUUAUGAACAUUACCAUAUAUCUAAGACCAUAAAAUUCCUAUCACAGGGGAAAGCAGGAGUAAAGCAGACUUGUGUAAGCAAUAGUCUUUCCCCAGAAACAACGACUGGAUAAAGCCUGUAAUUAGUUUUUGGUAAUCUCCUCCUGCUCUUCUUUCUCUUCUGGGAAACAGAGAGUAAGUGUGGAGCUUGUCCCAAAUAGAUUAGGGCCUCUGUGGUGAAGUUUGCCAUGCUCCUCUUCACUGCAUUUAAUGAGGUGCUGGACUGCUGCCACUAAAUUCAAGCCAGGCACUGUGCUGUGUAAAUUAGCCAUUUAAAACUGCAUCUCAGUUCCCCCUUAUGUCCAUUUCUCGAAGUGUUUGCUUAUGUCAAAAUGUGUCAGCUUGAAAUGCAGUUAGGAAGUUGGCGGUUGAUCUGUGCCCAGGAGGAAAAAUAAGCAAUGCUUGUUUGCCUUUAUCAGGAAGAUAAAAACCUUGUUCAUGGGAACGUAUGUGCAAAAAACAUCUUGCUUAUCAGAGAAGAAGAUAGAAAAUCCGGGAACCUUCCUUUUAUCAAGCUCAGCGAUCCUGGUAUCAGCAUUACAGUUUUGCCAAAAGACAGUAAGUCUCUGACUCACCCGUUUCAGCAGCUCACCUGCUACCUUGAAAAUAUCGUUGAGUGAUUAUCUCCUCCUCUCAUUGCACUUAAAAUUCAUAUUGUUGAGUACUGCUGUUCUUGUUUGGGAAGCCAUGAACCUCCCACAAGCGUGGGGCGUGCUUUUGUUUUUUUCCGUUGCCGGCAUCAUUUUGCUACUUAAAACUAUUUCCAUGCCAGCGGGUGUGCUGCUGGAAACUGAAAACCCAGCAGAAUAGACCCCUCAGUUUCAAUUCUUAAAGAGCCAAUGUUCGUCUUUCACCCACUGAGAAUCCCCAUUUAACACUCUGAAAAAGGUAAAUCUGGUUCAGGAGUAGCCAGUGCAAUGUAUUUUAUAUGAUGCUAAGCUCCAGUUCCCAUUAGACCCGGCCAGCAGGAUGAGUCCACCUGGAAGACACCAUACAAACUGAUCCAUUUGUUGGAUUUAAAGCAUUUUUGCCACACCUGAAUAUUCACGCGAGAUACCUUAUCUCUAUUUCCUUACAAAUUGAAUUCCUUGGGAUUAGGAUUUUUAUCUGAAGGAACCAAGAGAAUCAAAACCUCUCUCUGUGUUUACACACUUUAGCUCAUGUCUCCUAUGCUUAAGUCUGCAUGUGAGAAUUUCUAAAAUAUUUCUUCAAGGCCGCAGACAUGGUGCUUCAAGUUUGUUUGUUUGUUUGCUUGUUUGUUGUCAUUUACAAGCCCUAAAGAUACUUAUAGACCACAUUUGCACCAGAGGUCCUCAGAGAUUAUCUAAUAUAGUUGAGCAGCAAUUAAAACAUCCAACCAAAAAAAGUAAAUAAAUCAAAUGCUUUCUCAUUCAUCCUAGUAACAAAUUGCCUUGUUUUUUCACGAUUGCCUAGUUCUCCUUGAGAGAAUACCGUGGGUUCCACCUGAAUGUAUCGAAAAUCCAAAACAGCUGAGUUUGGCAACGGACAAGUGGAGUUUUGGAACCACACUGUGGGAAAUAUGCAGCGGAGGAGACAAACCUCUUAGUUUGCUGGAUUCUCAAAGAGUAAGUACCAUGUGAAGUUGAACAUCUUUGUCUUGGUGAACAUACUGGGCAGCGAUGGGCAUAAGCCACGGUUAAAGUAUUUGGAUGCAGCUUCCGCAUGUGAUUCUGCCCCUCAUCGGGUUUAACGUUUAGGAAAUAGUCAUAGCUGUCAACUUACAGAUUUGAAAAUAAGGGACCAGCAGCCUCAAAAAUAAGGGAUCAGCAGCCAAAAUAAGGGAUUUUCCGGGCACAGGUAUGUUCAACUUCUGAGCCCCUCUGAGCCAAAGGCAGAAAGCCCAGCCAGCAGCCAAAUGAAGCCUCAAGGAAAACCACCGUCACCUCUCCGCUGGGAAGUGCUGAGCAAAGGCGAGUCCCCAGGCAACACAGCCGAUUUGAUCAGCAGAAGACAUGCAAGCUCCACCCCCCAGUCGUUCUUAGACUCCUUAUUGGGUGAGCAACGCAGCCAAGCAAGACAGUUGGAGCCUCCCUCCUCCCUGGCUGGCAGGCAGGGAGGGAGGGAGAGGAGCUGCUUCCUUUGAAACCUGGGAAAUUUAAGGGACAUCAUCAAUAAGGGACAGCAGCGGGACAUGGCGCUGGGAUAAGGGACUGUCCCGCCAAAUAAGGGACGCUUGACAGCUAUGGAAAUAUUUCUUAGCCUGCUAGGCAGGUUUAUUUAAACUAUAGGGGAAAUUGUAAGCAAUAGUCUUUCCCCAGAAGCAACGAUUGGAUAAAGCCUGUAAUUAGUUUUUGGCAAUCUCCUCCUGCUCCUCUUUCUCUUCUGGGAAACAGAGAGUAAGUGUGGAGUUUGUCCCAAAUAGAUUGGGGCCUCUAUGGUGAAAUCUGUCAUGCUCCCACUUUCCUGACAUUUCCUCGGUGGCGAUUCAGACACACUGGGAUUUAAAGUCAUGUGGCACAAAGGCUAUGCAUCAUGUGGCAGGUGCAACAUGUUCCCUGAUAGUGAAACCCUGUAUUUUAUUGUAUGGUUUGAAAACCAGCAUGUGGCCACGAUUUGUGUGUACGAGGGAACCUCUCCAUCUCUUAAACCAAAGUUGUUUGUGUCGGAGACAAAGAAGUGUUGUAUUUGAUGUUUGCUUGGACAUGUAAAAGAAUCUCCUUUGCUGUUGAAAGUACCUCUUUUCUUCCCCCCCCAAAAAGCUACUCAGAAUUGUCCUAAAUCACCGUCAUUUCUUGAAUUCUAGAAAUUACAGUUUUAUGAGGAUAGGCAUCAACUUCCUGCUCCUAAUUGGACAGAACUAGCAAACCUUAUAAACAACUGCAUGGAUUAUGAGCCAGACUUCAGACCCUCUUUUAGAGCGGUUAUACGUGACCUUAACAGUUUGUUCGCUCCAGGUAUGUUAAUGGAGAAGAGGUAACUAAAUUUUGGUGGGAGGCGCAAUAUGUUUUCUGAUCUGCAGUUAGAGUAGAAUCUACUGCAUAGGCCAGUGAUGGCCAAACUUAGGCCCUCCAGCUGUUUUGGGACUACAGUUCCCAUCAUCCCUGACCACUGGUUAGCUAGGGAUGUUGGGAGUUGUAGUCCCCAAACAGCUGGAGGGCCAAGUGUGGCCAUCACUGGCAUAGGCAAACUGUUGCAGGGGAGAAGGAUGUUGUUCUGAAUGUGUUCAUAAGACCUGGUGUGGCCUAGUGGCUAAGAGCCUGAGCUAUGGAUCGAGAAAUGAUGAUGAUGAUGAUAAUAAUAAUAAUACAGUAAUAAUAUUUAUUUAUUUAUUUAUUUAUUCAUUCAUUCAUUCAUUCAUACCCCGUCCACUCUGGGCAGUUCUCAACAGAAUAUUAAAAACACGAUAAAACAUCAAAUAUUAAUAACUUCCCUAAACAGGGCUGCCUUCAAAUGUCUUCUAAAAGUCAGAUAGUUGUUUAUUUCCUUGACAUCUGGUGGGAGCGCGUUCCACAGGGCAGGCGCCACCACCAAGAAGGCUCUUUGCCUGGUUCCCUGUAACCUCACUUCUUGCAGUGAGGGAUCCGCCAGAAGGACCUCGGAGCUGGACCUCAGUGUCCAGGCAGAACGAUGGAUCAAGAAAUCCCUGCUUCAGCUCCGUAAUCUGUCACGAGCUCUGCCAAGCAAGUCACCGCUUUUGUAGCUUCAGUGCCCAUCUGCAAUAUGGGAAUAUCAACACUGAGCUCACUUUAUAGAGUUGAUGUAUUUGAAAACACUAUGAACUCUGUAAAGAGCUACAUGAAUGUAAUGUAUUAUUUAUCUGAAACACUUUACUUCAUGGAUAAAUCUCUCUUAAUCUUGCCGUACAGCAAGUGAAGCCUAUUAAUAAAUAUUCUCCAAUUUAACCCAAUAUUUUAAACUUGUGUGUGUUGGGGAAGUGAAAUGCAAGGCUAUAGAUCCAUAGUACUUAAAAAAAUAAUAAUUAAAAGUUGUGUUAAACCAAUCAGGGCCAUUUUGCACAUUACACAGCUUUGAUUUUUUUCAGCUUGAACUUCCCCACCUCUGAUGUUGUAUGACAUCAGCGGCUUGGGAAAGGUGAGCAUGGUUGACCAAUGAUUGGAUGGGCCAAUUUCUGGCUUAGUGGGGUUAAUUAGACCUGUAGGCAGGAGAUUCCACACCACUGCUAUAGAACAUGUCUGUCUGCAGAUAUAUUUGAGUUGCACACAUAACUUUUCUUCUUGUAUCAAAAUUUGUUUGCGCUUGUAGAGUUAAUGAGCAAAUGAACCAUCAGUGGGAAGUUUUGAAAUGCACUAGGGAUUAGGCUGCUUCUAUUAUCUUCCCGUGGGAUGCGGGAGGCACUGUGGUCUAAAUCACUGAGCCUCUUGGGCUUGUCGAUCAGAAGGUUAGCGGUUCAAAUCCCCGCGACAGGGUGAGCUCCCGUUGCUCUGUCCCAGCUCCUGUCAACCUAGCAGUUUGAAAGCAUGUCAAACUGCAAGUAGAUAAAUAGGUACCACUCCAGCGGGAAGGUAAACGGCGUUUCCGUGUGCUGCUCUGGUUUUACCAGAAGUGGCUUAGUCAUGCUGGCCACAUGACCCGGAAGCUGUCUGUGAACAAACGCCAGCUCCCUUGGCCUAUAGUGCAAAAUGAGUGCGCAACCCCAGAGUCGUCCGGUCCGGGGUACCUUUACCUUUAUUAAGAUAGCAUGUUCAUAUUUUCCAGGGCUGCACAAGUUAAUUUGUCUGCUGAUGAUGAUCUGUUUCUGUUCAGAUGCUGUAGGGGAGCCUAGCUGAACAUAAUAUUUUCUUUUGUGUGUGUGUGUUUUUUUUUCUUCAAGAUUACGAACUAUUGAAAGAAAGUGAUAUGUUACCAAAUAUGAGAAUUGGCGCUCUUGGGUUUUCUGGGGCUUUCGAAGGCAGGGACCCGACUUAUUUUGAAGAGCGGCACCUGAAAUUUUUGCAACAACUUGGCAAGGUAAGAAGAUGGGGUGUCUUCUUGCAAAGAUAUGUGAUACCGUUAGAAACAAAUAAGAUAUAGAGUGGGAAACCAUGGCUAACUUGAAAUAAUUUGCAUACUUUGCAUAGUGUCAAGGCUGCCUCAAGUCUCAGCUCACAAAAGACCAACGCCUAUGUCUUCUUAUAUACAAAAGUGUUUAUUGCAGUUCAUUGUUUGCUUGACAUCCUAGGCGCGCAGCCUUACGUCUGCUACGCUUAGACCGCUGAAGUCCCCUCUGAAUCCGUCCCUCCCCUGCACCAAUUUAAGAGGCUUGCGCUGCUCCACCUCUUUCUCUCCUUCCUUUUCCGCAGGGUCCUUCUGCCCGCUGGGGUUUCGCCCCUCCUGGAUUCCUCUGACGCGGAAUCAGACUGCUCUUCCCCCUCCUGCGGGCUUUGGGACCUGGCCCCUCCUCCGGGCUCCCUGUACUUCCGCGCGCCUCUACAUUUGAACUUGGCGCGCGCGCCAAACCUCUAACUUUCCUUUUGACAGUUACACUACUCCCUUCACUGCCCCCUCCCCUUCCGGGAGGGCGGCUUGCUCUGACCUCCCUCCUUUCUCUGCUGCCGGAGCUGCUUCCCCUGGCACACUGGAAACUCCACCCCCUUCGCUGCACUCUGGUGGGGAGGCUGGUCCUGACGCCCAGCUGCCACUUUGGGAUCCUCCGCUGGCCCCCUGCUCCUGACACGUCCCCCCUGGGCCUCCCCUGGCCUUGACCACCGGCGCCCCCUUCUGGGAAUCCUCUGAUUCGCUGGAAAGACUCAUGGAAUCUCUUGAGUCAUUGUCAUCCUCUUCCUCGCUGGCUUGGAAUUCAUCCCCAUCGCUCUCCAUCUCCUGCCUACCCUGUGCCUCUCUCCCUGAACCCCUGACACAUAGUAUUUUUGGAAGUGCUUAUUUUAACAGAAGCAGAGACUGCCCUUUAAUAUGUAUUUUUUUCGGAGUGGUUUCAGCUUUUUGAAAGAGCAACUGUUUUUUGUUUUGCUCCCUAUCUGUGCAGCUUUUGGGGGAUGGCGAUAGUUCAGAAAUAUCCUACUCUGUUCCACUUCUAAGGAUGGAUCUACACACAGGGAGGCACUCUAAAUAAGUCAGAAAUUAGAUUGUUAUAACAAAGAAAAAGAACCCUACAGAAAAUUGCAUAUAAAAAUUUCCUGCUCUCUGGCCCCAUCUGGUGUUGCAUGUUUAUAAUGCAUUCAAAACACUGCUUUUUUGACUAAUGUAGCUGAGUCCUAACAGCAGUAUGGAAUUUAUACCUCCACCCCAAGAUAUUUGUCUCCCUCUUAUCGGAAGGCUUGCAUUCUUCUUUAAGACGAAGAAUGACAAGAUAUGGGGGGAGCCUCUGUUGUGCACACCAUACCUCCUUUGUCCCUAAAUUUUAAUCUUUCCUCUUAACUUUAAACCAGCUCUUUUUUUGGUUUACCUUCAGGUUUUCUCCCUUGAACCCCUUCCUAUUUCCCCCUCCUUUUGCUGCUUCCCUCUUUGUCACAUUUCUCCUUUUGCGAGCCAGUGUGGUGUAAUGGUUAAGAGCGAUAGACUCGUAAUCUGGUGAACCGGGUUCGCUUCCCUGCUCCUCCACAUGCAGCUACUGGGUAACCUUGGGCUAGUCACACUUCUCUGAAGUCUCUCAGCCUCGCUCACCUCACAGAGUGUUUGUUGUGGGGGAGGAAGGGAAAGGAGAAUGUUAGCUGCUUUGAGACUCCUUUGGGUAGUAAUAAAGUGGGAUAUCAAAUCCAAACUCUUCUUUGCAGUAAAUCACUGGAUGUGAAGAGAGCAGGGAAUUUAGGGGCUUCCUUUGUGUUCAACCUGCCUCCUUUAUCCCUGAGCCUUUGGGGUGUGUGUCGUUGCUUGUACAUCACAUCUUCAGAUUUGUUUACUUCACAGCCCUGAGCGGUCAAAACAUAACCCAAGUGCAGGAAUAUUUUUCCUUUGGCUCAUGCAGCUUUCGGAUGCUUUUAGGUCUUGGCAGUGCCUGUUCCUUUCCUGUCUCUCUUCUUAAAUGUGCAAUUCUGCUUCCCUUUAUUUAAAUAUAUAUGCAGGCUGCCCCUGAAGUCAUAUGGGUGAAGUUUUCUUGUCCUCCUUCAUCUUCAGGAGAUGUUGUUGUUGUUGUUUAACUGUUUUUGUGCACUCUUUUUUAAUAUUAUUCUUUAUUGAUUAAAAAUUUACAUAUCUAUACAAACAUUAUAUGCCAUCUCUUUACAAAUGAAGAAAAAGAAAAUUAGGUAGAAAAUAGAAAAUUUAUAAAGGAAUAAAAAAGAGGAAAAGGAAGGGGGAGGAAUAACAAAAAUACGAAAUAAAAAAAAUCAAAAGAGGAAAAGAAAAGACAUUAUUUACAGAAUAAAAGUGUUCAUCAACACAAUCCUUCCCAUCCUUCUCAUUAUACUGUAAUAUAAUUCUUUUUUAACACAGAUUUGUACUGUAGAAUAUCAUUUCUUUUCUGCUUUGUAUAUAUUCCUCUAAUCAUUUUCUUUACAAAUAUCACUCAGUUUCUGCUAAUAUGGAAUUAUUUGUACAAUAAAGUUUUACAUCAUUCUUAAAUAUUUAAGACCUAUGUUUUUGUGCACUCUUAAUAAUCUUAGACUUGGAGUGUUACCAAAGUCCCAAGUUGGUGGCGAAAACAGGACAUUUAUUGAGUCAUUAGUGGGAUCCCAUUCCUGGCUGUGUCACCAGGUAGAUCGCUCAUUAUGCAGGCACGAAUUGUGCUGUGUGGCACUGGGAAAAGAACCCGUCGUAUUUUCUUUCAAUUAUUUCUAUGAUUUUGUCACCCAUCAAGUCCCAGGGCAGGUUACAACCAUAGGAUGAGUUGGGUGGGUCCUAAAAAUAAAUAUAUCAGCUGUCAAAACAAUAGUGCAGGGUUCCUCCCCUGCCCCGCCAUGCCCCCCGGGCUUGAUAUAUAAAUGUUUCUAUUCAUAUUCCUUGCAGGGGAAUUUUGGCAGUGUGGAGAUGUGCCGGUAUGACCCGCUGCAGGACAACACAGGGGAAGUGGUGGCUGUUAAAAAGCUACAGCACAGCACGGAAGAACACCUGCGAGACUUUGAAAGAGAAAUCGAAAUUCUUAAAUCUCUGCAACAUGACAACAUUGUGAAGUACAAAGGCGUGUGCUACAGUGCUGGUACAUGCGCUUUCUAAUGUUAUUUGUUAAGCAAAAGCUAGCAAUCCCUUGAUAACUUAUCAAAUCUUCCCCUUAGCGUGAAUCAGUUGUUCCCCAUUAGCAUGAAUUCGGAGAUGUCCGAACAGUCUCUCUUUAAAUUAGAGUGUGACCUUUCCUGUUCACAUUUUAAAGAGCAGCCACAAUCACACUGUCAAGAGUCUCUGCAGUUAUUAGCAUAUACUUGCAACGAUUUCCAAAACAUCAACUAAACGAGAUGUGGUUUCAGUAAAUGUCAUUGCAUCCUUCUUCGUUUAAGCAUUAGCUUUUAAUCCAGCAUUUGUCUGUUAGCGUGCUGUGCUCUACAGCAACAGCUCCCUUCCUGAGCUGCAUUUCCCUGCAUGGUUUUAACAGUCAAAAUCCCCCUUCAUAGGGAAUUCUGGAAAUCUGUGAAGGGGAAUAGGGGCCUCCUAAGAACUUGCAGCAUCCUUAACGAGUUACAGCUCCCAGAAUCCUUUGGGAGAAGCCAUGAUGGUUUAAAGUCAUAUCAUAGGGUUUUAAAUAUCUGAUGCGAAUGUGGCCAGACACACUGUACUGACACAAUAGUGGUCACAUCUCAUGGGGGGGGCACAGGGGUAGUUACCCUGGCCGCAAAAUUGUAACACCGGGUGCUGCUUCAGUACAGCUGUACACUCCCGUUGGCUGGGCUCCGUUGAAAACAUGUUCUCCGUGCAAACUAGGAAGUGACCUCUCCAAACAAUGGAACAACUCUUCUUCUUUUUUAAUCUCUGGGUGACAUGGACACUUUUAGGCAGUUGAAUGUGCAUGCGUACUCCUUCCAUUUCACUCCCUCUCACUCCAUGCAGCCCCGGGCACUGUCAACCCUUGCUACACCACUGCAUUUCAUUCCAGAAAUGCAUUUGCCAGGGUAGCCCAUUUUGGGCUGUCAUUGUUUUGAACUUUAUCUUUUAGUGUUGCCCGUGUUAAAGUAGCAGCAUGUAACUCUGCUUACUACUCAUCAAACACAUCUUCCUCGUGUAACUAGCUGUUUCACGAUCUUCAGAGUUUCUUUCUACGCAUUUGGAAAACAGCAAGCUUAACUAAAUUUGAUUUUUGGCAAAAGAAUACCAUAAUGGAAUCUUCCACUGCAUAUAUGCUGCAGAUGGUCUGUGCCUUUUGCUUAUAACGUGCUAUAUGAAGGAAGCUCUGUAAAGCGUAAUUUUGAAUCUUUUUCUUUUCUUUUGCCACGUGUUUGGGAAGGCCGGAGAAAUCUGAAAUUGAUAAUGGAGUACUUGCCCCACGGAAGUUUGCGAGACUAUCUCCAGAAGCACAAAGACAGGUUGGAUCAUAAGAAACUCCUACAUUAUGCCUCUCAGAUAUGUAAGGUAAUACAUUUUACUGGUGUCUCGAACUCUACUGAAGUCUGCUCUGGGAGCAAGUGGUGUGAGAACCGGAGCUGUUUGCCGCAAACUCUGUAAACGCUCGGGCAGAUUGUGUGCAGUUCUCCUUCCCAGUACAGUGCAGGGUCAUAGAACCAUAAAGUUGGAGGAAACUUGGAGAUAAUCGAAAACACAACUGUUGCCUCUUCUCUUCCACUCGCUCAUGCCAGGCAGCAAACAGCAUAGAGGUGACAGCAGAUUUAUGCUGCAGAUGUUGUCAUGUUGUGCUCCAGAGCUCCCAUUUCGCCUGCUUAGCCGUCAUAUAAGCAAGCCUUUGCUGGCCCACAGGGCAUUUCUUGGCCAAGUUUCGUCCAAUGCACGAGGCGAAUUUUGAAGAAAUGAAUGUGGGAGGAGUAAAGAAAUGGAACAAUUUUGCAGGGAAUGUCCCCCGUUGACGGAAAACAGGAGAAUCGUGUAAAGACACACACGUAAAAGAAAUGUUUGGUUCUGAGAGAGAAGACUUAGAAUUUCUAGGAGUAAGCAUCAGUGAAAUGGAUGAGGUUAUUCUCAGGGUCAAAAUGAUAGCUGUGUGUCUAUAGUGUCAGUGCUGUAUGCAGCAAGGUCAAGAACGCCGCUGGUCAAUUCAGCGUUCUGCACAAUUGUUUUGCAGCAGACACAAUGGUGACAUCUAGUGGUACUUGGGUCACAGUUUGGUAGAGGAAUGGUGAACUUUAGGAACAGCUCCUGCCUAUUCCUCCCUGUCUGUUGUUUCCUAAUAGCAUAGGAUUAUGUGGAUAAGCUGGAUGUUCAUAAGCAUUUGGGGGGGAAUUCUGACAGCCAGGUGUUAAUUACAUGUCUCAUCAUCUCUUCUGCAACCAGUAUUUAUUGAACCCAUGAACACUGAUUUUAUAACACCAUUUGUGUACGCACAGGGUAUGGAGUAUCUGGGUUCAAAAAGAUACGUUCACAGAGAUCUAGCAACACGGAAUAUCUUGGUGGAGAAUGAAAACAGGGUUAAAAUUGGAGACUUUGGCUUGACAAAAGUUUUGCCUCAGGACAAAGAAUACUACAAAGUCAAGGAACCAGGAGAGAGUCCCAUAUUUUGGUAUGUUUCUCUCUGCCGCUUGAUUACAAGGCAAAUGAUUUGGGGGAAAUGCAAUACUGCAUAAAUUAUUUGGCCCUUGGAAUAUAAUAAAGCGAUGCAUCUAAAACUUACUCAGUCUAGAGUAUUAUUCUUGGUAUGAGCUUUCGUGUGCAUGCACACUUCUUCAGAUACACUGAAACAGAAGUCACCAGACCCUUAUCUAUAGUGAGGGUGGGGAGGGGUAUUACUCAGAAGGGUGGUGGGAAUGGGUGAUUGGCUGAUAGGUGUGGCCAAACCCUACGCCAAAGGAUAAAUGGGCAUAAAUCUGACAUCAGGAAUCACAAGACAGAGAAAGCAGUAGGAGAACACUUCAGUUUCCCAGGACAUUCUAUACAAGAUCUCAAAGUAGCUGUCUUAUUACAAAAGAAUUUCAGAAAUAGACUGGAAAGAGAAGUUGCUGAAUUGCAACUUGUUACCAAACUUAAAACCAUGGAGAGACCUGGUCUGAAUAGAGACAUUGGAUUCUUUUCAUUAGCUAUCUCACCCCUUGCUUUUUCCUGUAAGACCAAUUGCAGUCAUUAACAGUUGUUAACAGGUUUACCACACCUAUCAGCCAAUCACCCAUUCCCACCACCCUUCUGAGUAAUACCCCUCCCCACCCUCUCACUAUAUAGAAGGGUCUGGUGACUUCUGUUUCAGUGUAUCUAAAGAAGUGUGCAUGCACACGAAAGCUCAUACCAAGAACAAACUUAGUUGGUCUCUUAAGGUGCUACUGGAAGAAAAAAAUAUAUAUUUGUUUUGACUGCGGCAGACCAACACGGCUACCUACCUAUUAUUAUUAUUAUUAUUAUUAUUAUUAUUAUUACCCCUGCUACUCUGGGCGGCUUCCAACACAUAUAAAAACAUAGUAAAACAUCAAACAUUAAAAACUUUCCUUAGCAGGGCCACCUUCAUCUGUCUUCUAAAAGUCAUAGAGUUGUUUAUCUCCUUGACAUCCGAUGGGAGGGCAUUCCACAGGGAAGGCGCCACUACCGAGAAAGCCCUCUGCCUCGUUCCCUGUAACUUCACUUCUUCCAUUGAGGGAACUGCCAGAAGGCCCUCGGAGCUGAACAAGAGAGGUGGAGAUGCUCCUUCGGGUAUACAGAGCCGAGGCCGUUUAGGGCUUUAAAGCUCAGCACCAACACUUUGAAUUAUGCUUGGAAACGUACUGGGAGCCAGUGUAGACCUUUCAGGACCUGAGUUAUAUGGUCUCGGCAGCCACUCCCAGUCACCAGUCUGGCAGCCACAUUCUGGAUUAGUUGUAGCUUCCAAGUCACUUUCAAAGGUAGCCCCACGUCUAGUGCAUUGCAGUAGUCCAAGCGGGAGAUAACCAGAGCAUGUACCACUCUGGCAAAACAAUGCGCAGGCAGGUAGGGUCUCAGCCGGCGUACCAGAUGGAGCUGGUAGACAGCCCCCCUGGACACAGAAUUGACCUGUUAAGGGUAUAAUGUGUUGUGUUAAAUUGUUUUUGUUUUAUAGAUCUCCUUUUUUCCCCCUCCUGUCCCCUUUCUCUUCUCUCCUCCCCUCCCCGGCUUCUUAUGCUAUAGGUAUGCUCCAGAAUCACUGACGGACAACAAGUUUUCUGUGGCUUCUGAUAUGUGGAGUUUUGGUGUGGUCCUCUAUGAACUCUUCACGUAUAUAGACAAGAACAAAAGCCCCCCAGCGGUUUGUAGAUAACCUACAUGUGUAUACUUGGUCUAGGGCUAUGACUAUCCCCGUUAGGAGAGGGUGGGGGACCUUUUGUCCCUGCUAGGCCAUAUUUUGUUGAGUCAAAGUGGUUAGGAGUUAACAGCUACUUCCCUUGGCUUCUCUGCUGCACAUUGAGAAAGGGACUCCUGUUUCUCCCUGCGCAGCACAGAAACACAGCCAGCUGCCCGUGGAGAAACAAACUUGUCUUUUCCUCUAUGGACAGGUCAACAGCAGGAAUCUCGUGUGUGUGUGUGUGUGUGUGUGUGUGUUUUAACAUAUCAUUUCCAAUAAUCACAUAGCAUAUCUUCUUAUCUUAUACAUUGUUUUAGACUUCCGUCAACACCUCUGAUGAUUUUCCGUCUUUUAUCACUUAUUCUGCAUUUCUUGAUAUAUCUUUUACUCUUAAUUAUCAUCAACUAAUAAUUCUCCUCAUAGUCUUUCUUGUAAUAUUUCAUAUAAUUCUCCUUACAAAACUUCUUGCAAUCCUACUGGCAUAAUCUGUUCAUUACUAUUACUUUUCAAAUAGUUCAUAUAUUUACUCCAGUCUUCUAAGAAUCUCUGAUCCCGCAGGUUUCGAAUCCUUCCAGUUAAUUUAUCCAAUUCUGCAUAGCCCAUCAAUUUCAUCCGCCAAUUCUUCUAUCAUCGGUAAUUCUUCUUGCUUCCAUUUUUGUGCCAAUAAUAUUCUUGCUGCCGUCAUUGCAUAUGAAAACAACUUACAGUCCUGUCUAUUAAUCUCAUCUCCUACAGUGCCAAGUAAAAAUGCUUCUGGUUUCUUAAUAGAUGUAUAUUUCAACAUCUUUUUCAUCUCAUUAUAUAUCAUUUCCCAUAAGUUUUUCACUUUUAACAACAGGAAUCUCUCACUUUCCCUCUUCACUCCUGCUGAGCUGCGGUCUCCUCCCUCCAAGCUGCUAAUCAGCACAAAAUACUGCAGGGUCUCAUUUUCCCUGCAAAUGUUUGUUUCUGCCUUUUAGGGCCUUCUGAAAUUACAGUUAUUUAUAUGCUUUUGUAGCCCACGCUUCAUGCGCUCUCAGAUUACCAGCAGCCUAAAACAAGUUAGCCCCACUUAGUGGCAUAACAGCUGAAUCGUCAAUUACAUCCUAUCAAACAGGAAGCAAAACCAGCAGCGACACUGCAGAGGGAAUAAUACCCUGAUCUUGCCCUCUACCCUCCAAGAAGAUGUGUCUUGUAGCAGGGAGGGCAUUCCACAACCGAGGGGGGCCACCACGCAGAAGACCCUCCAUGCCCUGCUGCUUCACAAAAGCCACCAGUGAUGGCACUCCCACCCCUGGCAGAUCUUAAUGCCUGGGAAUGUCUGGGGGGGGGGCAUGCUCUAAGCACAAUGUGCUGUGCAUGGGACUGCCCUUGAGGGUCGUUUGGAAAUGUCAGCAGGCCCAGAGUAUGGCCGCAGAGUUUGUAGCAAAGAUUCCUAGCACUGUGGUUGCUGAUGUGUUUCCAGCCUAAAUUCAAGGUGCUGAGAUUUACUUCUGGGGCAGAAAGUGGUAAGGGGAAUAUGCCACCAGUGGGGGGGAGCAGGGUGAAAGCAACAUGGGUGGGAUGCGCUUUCUCUUUCCCCAUCCUCUCUGACCUCUCUUCUCUCCACACACAAAUGCACUUUUCAUUAAUCCCUUUUCCCCAUCUUCAUCUAUCCAUCCAUUCAUUUUCGUUCUCUUCUGGCUGGAGCAACCAUUCCGAAGGAGGUUGAGUGCUACAUGCAGACUCCAGGCCAACAAAUUGCAAAGUUCAUUACAGUCUGAACCCAGAAGGAAAUGCCUUCUCCCUUGUCUUCCCAACCCCCUGUUAAGUAGCUCUUUUUCAGUAGCUGGCUCCAAGAUUUGGAAUUAGUUACCAGGUUUGGUGUAUGUAAAUCUGGGAGACUGGCCCUUUUAAACAAGCAAGCCUUUUGUAACUAAAUAUAUUAACACCAGCUCUCUCCUUUUUAAAAUCUAACUCUGAUAGUAUUUUAUUGUUGCUCAAGUUUUGUUUUGUUUUUUUUAAAAAAAUCAGUUUUAACCUACUGCAGGAACAAAUGUUGAAAAACAGGCCAUAAAUUUUCCAAAUAAAUAAAAGCAAGUUUCUGUCUGCAAAACCUUCAUAUUGGCGUAGACUUUUUUUAAAAACUUUAUUAAAUGAGGGAUAUUCUAUAGGCCUUAAAGGUUUGCCUCUCUGACAUAUUGCAUUCUAUCCAACAAAGACUAGUGUGCCUUCUGCGUAGCUCCUCCUAUGAAACUGGGUAAUUCUUUGAUACUUUGAUGUCAUUAACCUUAACGGAAACUCAACUUGGAAUUUUUAUUUUAGGAGUUCAUGCGCAUGAUUGGGAAUGAUAAGCAGAACCAGAUGAUUGUGUUCCAUUUGAUAGAGCUGUUGAAGAAUAACGGAAGGCUGCUCAGACCUGACGGAUGCCCGGAUGAGGUACCUGAAUGUAUCACUUUAUCAUGCUUUUCUCUCACUUGGUGUAGCUGUCAGUCAUGGUGUGCCUCUGAAUUGUUCCUGUGGUAGAGACGACCAUAGCAGAACACUUGCCCCCGUGUUUACCUGGAAGCCUAGUAGCGUGGGCAGUUUCCCCAUCCUUCAAAAGUUUUCUUGUAAGACCAAAAACUUGGGCUUUCUCAUUCAUGAGCAACUUAGUUUUUUUAGAAACAAGAAAGCCAGUGUGGAAGUGCAAUGCCAUCUAGAAUCCAUUCGUUAUUUCCAGUUUACAAAGCUUGCUUUUGCAAACAGCUACUUGUAAAUGUGGAGGACGCAGGUGGCGCUGUGGGUUAAACCACAGAGCCUAGGGCUUGCCGAUCAGAAGGUCGGCGGUUCGAAUCCCCACGACAGGGUGAGCUCCCGUUGCUCGGUCCCUGCUCCUGCCAACCUAGCAGUUCGAAAGCACGUCAAAGUGCAAGUAGAUAAAUAGGUACAGCUCUGGCGGGAAGGUAACGGCAUUUCCGUGCGCUGCUCUGCUUCGCCAGAAGCAGCUUAGUCAUGCUGGCCACAUGACCCGGAACCACAGCCAGCUGCGGGUAUACAAAUGUAAGAAACAACAACAACAUAAAUAGAUCCCAUUUGAGAACAGGGGAAUGGCCUUAAGUACUUAAGUACAGACCCGUCCCUAAUUCACUUUCAGAAGUGGCUGAAGUAAAACGACUGCCUGAUGGACUGCCUUGAGAAAUGUUUCCUCGUCAUGAUUGCUUAAAGAUGGUUGAUAUUUCCAAUAUGUAUUUUAUGGUGGAGGGAGAAAGCUUACAAGAGAUAUGGGGAAAACCGAGGAGCUGGUGGAACUCACUGCUACCUGGCCCUCCCCAGUACUGUUAUAACUCUCUGCCAACCCUUGCUCUCUGCUUGCAAAACCGUCUCGUUUCGGAAGGAAACUGUGUGGCUCUCUAGAUAUUGCUAGACUCCCAGUUCCCAUCAUCCCUGACCAUUUGGCAAUGCUGGCUGUGGUUGAUGGUAGUUGGGAGCCCAGCAACAUACGGAGAGUUGCAGGUUGCUGCCCUGCCACUGAUCUAAAUUACAGGUUCAAGUGAUUACCUGGCACACACCUGUUGUACGAGUUGUCAUGUUAAUAAAAAUAGCAAAACUGGCUCAACCAAGCCAUCACACUACUUACGAGGAACUUCAUCAGAAAGACAUAGCUAAAGUCAGGCAUAGGCAAACUCAUCCCUCCAGAUGUUUUGGGACUACAACUCCCAUGAUCCCUAGAUAACAGGAUCAGUGGUCAGGGAUGAUGGGAAUUGUAGUCCCAAAACAUCUGGAGGGCCGAGUUUGCCUAUGCCUGGCUAAAGUCAAUAGUGGAGCUAGUUGUUCCAGACAGAUCACUCUUUGAGAGGAUGAUAGCUUUAGCAGCCCCUUUUCCUCGUCGUUACUUCUCCCUGCCUAUGGAAGAGAUGUAUGGCUCAGGACUGCAAUACCUCAAGGACCGCCCCUUUCCAUAUGAACCUGCCCAGACCCUGAGAUCAUCUUCUGAGGCCCUCCUUCGUGUGCCGCCUCCUUGAGAGGUCCGGAGGGUGGCAACACGAGAACAGGGCCUUCUCUGCAGUGGCUCCCCUUCUCCGGAAUGCUCUCCCCAGGGAAGUUCACCUGAUGCCUUCAUUAUACACCUUUGGGCACCAGGCAAAAACGUUCCUUUUAAACCAGGCCUUUGGUUGACCUGAUUGACAUCCUAUACCCUUUAAAAAUGUGGCUCUUUUUUGCGGGGGUGGGGUGUUGUUAUUGGGUUAUUGUUCUUAUUUUGAUUUUAUAUAUUGUUAUCUUUUCUGUGAACUGCCCUGAGACCUCCAGGUAUAGGGUGGUAUUUAAAUUCUAUGAGAUCCAGCGCCGAGGGCCUUCUGUCAGUUCCCUCGUUGCGAGAAGUGAGGUUACAGGGAACCAGGCAGAGGGCCUUCUCGGUAGUGGCACCUGCCCUGUGGAACACCCUCCCAUCAGAUGUCAAGGAAAUAAGCAGAUAUCCUAUUUUUAAAAGACAUCUGAAGGCAGCCCUGUUUAGGGAAGUUUUAAAAUAUUUAAUGCUGUAUUGUUUUAAACACUCGAUUGGGAGCCGCCCAUAGUGGCUGGGGAACUCAGCCAGAUGGGUGGAGUAUAAAUAAUAAAUUAUGAUUAUGACUAUUAUGAUUAUUAUUAUUCUACUAAUGAUGAUGAUGAUGUAGUAUAUGGUGGAAACCAUGAAUAGAGGGGAUUUGCAUAAGGUAUGGAAGAAAUGUGCUGGCCUGGGAUUGCUGACAGGUUUUGCACGACUAUUCGCACCGCACUGAGAGCCAGUGUGGUGUAGUGGUUAAGAGUGGUAGACUCGUAAUCUGGUGAACCGGGUUCGCUUCCCCGCUCCUCCACAUGCAGCUGCUGGGUGACUUUGGGCUAGUCGCACUUCUCUGAAGUCUCUCAGCCUCACUCACCUCACAGAGUGUUUGUUGUGGGGGAGGAAGGGAAAGGAGAUUGUUGGCCGCUUUGAGACUCCCUAGGGUAGUGAUAAAGCGGGAUAUCAAAUUCAAACUCUUCUUCUUCCAUUUCUGCUCAUCUCAUACUGGUGUUUUCUCUCUUGCCAAGGUCUAUGCCAUCAUGACGGAGUGCUGGAACAACAGUGCCAGCCUGAGACCCUCCUUCAGGGAUCUUGCUCUGAGAGUGGAUCUCAUAAGGGAGAGCAUGGGUGGGUGAACAUGCUGGAAUUCACCCAAAGGGACCUGUCGACGUGCGCAGCAAGUGUGUCCUGUUCUUCGGGACGUUGCAGAUCGUUGCUUAUCCCGCACCCAUUCAGAGACGGCAGCAAAAUCAUCCCAUCCAACCUCGCCCGUGAUGACGAAGGAUGCGGCUUAGUUUCUUCAUCGGGAAUACUAGCGCGAUGCAUUGAUGAAAAGCACUUUGAUAGCAAAGGAAUUGCUUCCCCCCUUCCCUUUAUUUUGAAGCAGAAUAGUGCAGCGUGAUCAGUAAGCAUCACCAUGGUUUGCCUAAUAGGACAACUGCAGAAAAAAAUGAUGUCAGACAGGGGAGUUAUGGAAAGAUAAGAAGACUGGGUGAUUUAGGUUGCAAUCGUGUGCCUGCUUACCUGUGGAUUGCUAUUGACCAAUGAGACUUGCUUCUAAGGAGCUAUAUAUAGGACUAUGUUCUUCAGCAGCAGUUGACUUGCAGCGUUUCUGGUAGCACAGCUACCAGAAGACUUUGCGCUUCCAGCUGCACCACUUUGAAAAAGAGCAAAUGUUUGCACUUAACAAUGGAAUUACCAGUGCAUGGGUUCCUCUUUUCGCUACCCCUUAUUUUGUUCCCUCCCCCUGCUACCUUUGUCCACUUUUGCCUGCCAUAAGAGGUGAUGGUAUACCAGGCGAAGCUACCUUUCACGUAGCUUGGAACGGUGUGUUCCUUUGCGUAGAUGAACAUUUCUUUAGGUGUGUGCAGUUAUGCAAUUCUGUGAGAGACUUAAAGAUAUUUUUUAUAUAAAAAGGAUAAUAUAAGUGUAGCAGAGAAACACAAAGCACCGGUCAGGAUGAGAGAAGAUUGAUGAUGGGUCCUGGCGAUAGCUUUUAUGUCAUACAACUGCCCAAUGCUGUGCCAGCACAAGAACCGCUCAAAACACAGCAGCAGUACAAAGUUGAGGCUCAGUUGCAGACGCGUUUCGUGCCCUGCAAGCCGUUGCUGAGUAAGUCUGAGUUGCAGAAAGCAGCAGAAAGAAGCCGCUGGAAUACCUUUUUGACUUUUUCCUGCAGUGAACUAUGAGCGAUUUAGCCUCCUGUUCCAUGCAUUGCACAAGAGCCGCUGUUUUAUGAAAGGGUUUGUUGCUGUUUAUUAGUUUUAAAACUUUUUUUACUUUGUCAAGGCGUCACGGCUUUAAUGUGUAGAAGAAAGGCUUUAAAAAAGAGAAAAAUAGCCGUUUAAGCAACUUCUGUGUGCCUGUCUAAGCCAGCCAGAGAAGAGAUGUCUGUUCAGGCAGUGUGAUGUACUGUAAAUACUUCAAAGGAAAGGGAACAAAUAAGAAGAGAUAUUUUUUUAAACAAACACCUGCUGAAAAUUGCAUUUUUAAAUGAACAAGUAUAUAUAGCAGUCUAUUUUCCUAUGUAUGUUGUGGAUAUGUCAAGCGCUGACCGCGUUUCCUUAAGGCACAGUUUUUUGAAAUCAUGUCAUCGGCAGCAGCUUAAUAUGUUCCCCAUGCUAAACUUUGUUAGCCUUGCCUACUUUCCCAGAUGCUGCAUUUUUCCUUUCUACCCUCUUCAACGUUUUACUGGGUGACCCAGUCAGAUUGAAAUAGAAAAGCAGGCUUCCAAUGUUACGAAGAACAAAUGUCACCCAUCUGGCCCGUCCUAGUCUUCUUCAGGUUACUGAACAAUUUGGCUCUGUGUAAGGAUAGCCAUGUGAUUUUUCCUUACCUCUUUUCACAACAGCCUAAGUUGUGAAAUAUAUAUAAAGCCACUGUAACUCCUUGCGCACCAGGCUCAGUGGCGCAAAUUUGCAUUUGCCAGCUUAGGAACAUGGAGAGUAACAAGCAGGUAGUAGCAUCAGACUCUCUUUCUUGCCCCUAAUGAUUUGGCUGUCGGCUUCAGAGCUGGCCAGAAUACUUUAACAGAAGGGCACUGGGUAUUUCCUCAUCUCUCACUGGUUGCCCACCAAGCCUUGUUUUGGUGACUUGCGAAAGAAGUAUCCUCCUUGGGAGAAGGUGCUGAGAAGAUGUUUGCUUCCUAAAAUCAAAAAGGGGGGACGUCAAUUGAAAGAGGUUGUUGCUUUCCACUAUGGAGAUGGAAUGAAAACUUGAAAUGUACUUCGGCGUAUGGCAGAACGUGCUUAGAUGUGCUAUGAACUUAUGUACCGUAUUUUUUGCUCUAUAAGACUCACUUUUUCCCACCUAAAAAGUAAGGGGAAAUGUGUAUGCAUCUUAUGGAGCGAAUGCAGGCUGCGCAGCUAUCCCAGAAGCCAGAACAGCAAGAGGGAUUGCUGCUUUUGCUGCGGAGCGAUCCCUCUUGCUGUUCUGGCUUCUGGGAUUCAGAAUAUUUUUUUUCUUGUUUUCCUCCUCCAAAAACUAGGUGCAUCUUGUGGUCUGGUGCGUCUUAUAGAGCGAAAAAUACGGUACCUACCUCAAAAAUGGAGGAGGGUGCAGCGAUGUGAGUUUUGCAUGAGGCUAAGAAGUACCUCCAAAAGUUGCAAUUACUUAGCAGGUGAGCUCCAGUCUACCAAUAUUUUGUGCCCCUGUGUGCUCUGGCAAGCGCUGAUCUAAUGGCUCUUGGGUAUGUGUGAAGCUCUCCUUCCACAUGUGCAGGAGAUUAUCAUUCUGUUUUACAAGCAGGGGUGUUUCACAUGUGCGAUGGGCAUACGGAACAGCAAUUCUUGUUUGUAAGUAGAGAUGGGAAACGCCGGCGUCUUUUCCUCUGGUAAAGACAUUUAUUUUAUUUGUAAGAGUAGAGAGUUAUGCAAGCAACUGCCGGGGGAUUGGCGGAAGGAGGAGAACGUGGGAUUGAAAUUGUGGGUAGCCAUGUUUUGUAACAGCACGUUAUGUUUAAAUGGCUGGAAAUGUUUGCAUUUUAAGAGACAGUUUCACAAUGUAUAUUUUUAAAUUGCUUUUGGUCGAAUACAUUGCACAUUUGUACAUUGCUUUGAAGUUGAUUUUAAAACAGGUUGUACAUGAAAUAUAUUUUCUUUUUUGUAGACUAUUUACGUGUAUUGUUUUUGUUUAGGUUCCGUAUUAACCGAAAUCAUAGUAGCAUAAGGUUUAAAGCGACAGCAGGUACCAGGAUAAACAGAUGCAGCCGUCUGACCAUGACAGAAGUGCAUCUUCUAUGUGAUCAAGGAUUUCAUAUUCCAUAUUUUUUUUAUAAAAAAAAAAGGAAGAAACCUCAGGGAAUUUUGUGUAAUGCAACAAAGAGUUCUUCCAUAGUGGUUUUUAAGUAAAUAAAAAUGUAUUUGUUUGAUCUAGUA